GAAAGGGAACAGGGGGAGGGAUGGGGCGAUGAUGGAUGCAUGGAGGAAGAGGAGAGAAGUGGGAGGAGCGGGGAAGCAGGGACGAAGAAAAAAACAAGGUUUUUGCUUCCCGGUCAGAGUUUCUGUUUACCAGAAGUUGGUGGGAAAAAGUCAGUUCCAAUGAACAGGGAUUGUACUUACCUCUCCCCUCACCUCCGCUUCUUUCCACUCCUCUCCUACUGGACCAAUAAAGGUAUUUUUAAAAUCCCUAUUGAAAAUCAGAAUCUCUCUCGCUCUCUGCAUAAUUAUUUUUUCUUAAGCACAAACAUAUGUGUAUGUUAUCCAUUUUGACUGCCCUCACCAUUCAAUCACAUUGAAAAAUAUUGUUAGUGUGCAUGUGUUUUUUUUUAAACAAUGAAACCUCCUUUAGAAUUCCAUUGAGAUUUAUUGCCCAAGAGCUGGUAAGCUUUCACUAGGCACACUUUUAUUGCCCUCUUAGGCCUUGGAAUUUGCCUCAUCAUCCCCCAUCCUACUCUUUCGUCUUUCAGAGAAAACUAUCCCCUUGGCCUCCCUAAAUCAACACUGUGCCCCCAUCACCUCCAGACAUACGGCACAGUGCCCCCCUCACUACCAAACACCAGAUAUUCACCCUAGGGUAAAGGACGUGUGUUUGUUUGGUUUUGGGGUAUCUGCUUAAUAAAAGACAGCGAGAACAUGGCCUUGUGGGAGGUGUAGCCCCCUGCCUCAGACACACACACACAAACACACACUCUAAACCCAGUAAUAAUAUGAAAAUGUUUAUGGACUGUAUCGCUGGGUUCCCCAGUCUCUCAUAUCUAGCUCCAUCAAUGGGGCUCUUUCUGUGAUCUCUGGCAAACACCAGUCUAUGGUUUCUGUGGGAGUGUGUGAGUGGUAAUAGUAGAUGUGUGUGUUGCUCUUUCUGUCUGUCUUAUUUUCGUCUAAACCCUUUGCCCUCUGUGUAUUGAGGGAUCUCCUCCCAGACCUGGACUAAAGCAUCCGCCAACUCCUGGACAGUCUGUGGUGCAACGUGGCGUUGGUGGAUGGAGCGAGACAUGAUGUCCCAGAUGUGCUCAAUUGGAUUCAGGUCUGGGCCAAACCGGUCAUGCUGGAGGAUGUUGCAGGCAGCAGAACGUUCUCCACGGCGUCUCCAGACUCUGUCACGUCUGUCACAAGUGCUCAGUGUGAACCUGCUUUCAUCUGUGAAGAGCACAGGGCGCCAGUGGCGAAUUUGCCAAUCUUGGUGUUCUCUGACAAAUGCCAAACGUCCUGCACGGUGUUGGGCUGUAAGCACAACCCCCACCUGUGGACGUCGGGCCCUCAUACCACCCUCAUGGAGUCUGUUUCUGACCGUUUGAGCAGACACAUGCACAUUUGUGGCCCUCCUACGGCCUCCUCCACGUCUCCUGAUGUACUGGCCUGUCUCCUGGUAGCGCCUCCAUGCUCUGGACACUACGCUGACAGAGUGUAUUCGCUGUAUUCAGCAUCGUUUGGGUGGAGCAGGGCAGGGGCCUUCACAUAUUCCCUUUAAGUCUGAGGAGUUCCCAGUGUGUGUGUGUGUGUGUGUGUCAGACAUAUACAGUGGGGAAAAAUGCAAACGUUGCUCAAUUGGAAUCAAGGGACCUAACGUGUGCCAGGAAAACAUUCCCCACCCCACAGCCACCAGCCUGUUCUGUUGACAACAGGCAGGAUGGGGGCAUGGACUCAUGCUCCUUACGCCAAUCCUGACUCUGCCAUCAACAUGACUCAACAGGAACCGGGAUUCGUCGGACCAGGCAAUGCUUUUCCAUUCCUUAAUUGUCCAGUUUUGGUGGUCGCUUGCCCACUGGAGCCGCUUCUUCUUGUUUUUAGGUGAUAGGAGUGGAAUCCAGUGUGGUCGUCUGCAAUGGCCCAUCAAGGACCAACGAGUUGUGCGUUCCGAGAUGCUGUUCUGCACACCACUGUUAUUUGCCUGUUUGUGGCCCGCCUGUUAGCUUGUAUGAUUCUUGCCAUUCUCCUUCGAUUUCUCAUCAACAAGCUGUUUUUGCACACAGGACUGCCGCUGACUAGAUGUUUCUUGUUUGUUGCACCAUUCUCAGUAAACCCUAGACACUGUCGUGCCUGAAAAGCCCAGUAGGCUGGCUCUGGCCCAACCCUUUGGUUUCUGGGACCAAUCACAUUCUGACCGUUCUGUUCUCAUUCUAGAAAUUGUCAGGAAGGGAGGCAAAUCCAGACUCAACGUGGAGAAGAACCGUCUGUUGGCCGGAGUUAUGUGGAUGGUGUAGCCAGGCAAAGAUUACACUGUACCAUCUUUACCACCCCAACAACCACACACUCACUCCCCUGACCCAGCGGGAGCAACAACAUUCAGAAACACAACCACUGGAUAACCAACUAGUACCAAACACAACCACAGUGAAGCAGGGCAGGGCUCCAUUCCAUUCACCAAAACAGAAUAACACCAGAUAUAACAGACUGACCCUAGGCCCCCGGCACAUAGACUAUUGCAGCAUAGAUACUGGGGGCUGAGACGGGGUGUCGGGAGACACUGUGGCCCCGUCCGACGAUACCCCCGGACAGGGCCAACCAGGUAGGAUAUAACCCCACCCACUUUGCCAAAGCACAGCCCCCACACCACCAGAGGGAUAUCAACAGACCACCAACCUACUACCCUGAGACAAGGCUGAGUAUAGGCCACAAAGAUCUCCUCCACUGCACGAGCCAGAGGGGGCGACAAACCGGACAGGAAGAUCACGUCAGUGACUCAACCUACUCAAGUGACGCACCCCUCCUAGAGACGGCAUGGAAGAGCACUAGUAAGCCAGUGACUCAGCCCCCGUAAUAGGGUCAGAGGCAGAGAAUCCCAAUGGAGAGACGGGAACUGUCCAGGCAGAGACGGCAAGGGCGGUUUGUCGCUCCAGUGCCUUUCCGUUCACCUUCGCACUCCUGGGCCAGACUACACUCAAUCAUAGGACCUACUGAAGAGAUUAGUCUUCAGUAAAGACUUCAAGGUCGAGACCGAGUCUGCGUCUCUUACAUGGAUAGGCAGACCAUUCCAUAAAAAUGUAGCUCUAUAGGAGAAAGCCCUGCCUCCAGCUGUUUGCUUAGAAAUUCUAGUGACAAUAAGGAGGCCUGCGUCUUGUGAUCGUAGCAUACGUGUAGGUAUGUACGGCAGGACCAAAUCGGAGAGAUAGGUAGGAGCAAGCCCACAUAAUGCUUUGUAGGUUAACAGUAAAACCUUGAAAUCAGCCCUAGCCUUAACAGGAAGCCAUUGUAGAGAGGCUAGCACAGGAGUAAUAUGAUAAUCUUUUUUGGUUCUACACACACAGAGACUCAUAACAAGCUCUCAAUUUGGAAAAUCUGACCUAACUCUAUCGUCGUGAUUCCUAUUUACAAGCAAAAACUCAAACAGGAAGUACCAGUGAUCCUCAACACGAGGGCCCCUCGGGUGCGUGCUUAGUUCCGUCCUUUACUCCCUGUUCACCCAAGACUGCGUGGCCACACACGACUCCAACACCAUCAUUAAGUUAGCAGACGAUACGACCGUGGUAGGCCUGAUCACCGAUGACAAUGAGACAGCCUACAGGGAGGUCAGCGACAACGACCUCUCCCUCAACGUCAGCAAGACAAAGGAACUGAUCGUGGACUACAGAAAAACUAAGGGCCAAGCACGCCCCUAUCCACAUCGACAGGGCUGUAGUGGAGCAGGUCGAGAGCUUCAAGUUCCUCGGUGUCCACAUCACUAAGGAAUUAUCAUGGUCCACACACACCAACACAACACCUCUUCCUCCUCAGGAGGCUGAAAAGAUUUGGCAUGGUCCCUCAGAUCCUCAAUAAGUUCUACAGCUGCACCAUUGAGAACAUCUUGACUGGCUGUAUCACUGCUUGGAAUGGCAACUGCUUGGCAUCCGACCGCAAGGCGCUACAGAGGGUAGUGCGUAUGGCCCAGUACAUCACUGGGGCCAAGGUCCCUGCCACCCAGGACCUCUACACCAGGUGGUGUCAGAGGAAGGGCCUAAAAAUUGUCAAAGAGUCCAGUCACCAAAGUCAUGGACUGUUCUCUCUGUUACCGCAUGGCAAGUGGUACUGAUGCACCAAGUCUGGAACUAAAAUAACCCUGAACAGAUUCUAUCCCCAGCUUCUAUAAGUCUGCUAAAUAGUUAACCAAUAUUAACUAUCUGCAUUUACCCUUUUUGCACUAACUCUUUUGACUCAUCACAUGUGCUGCUGUUACUGUUUGUCUAUCCUGUUGCCUAGUCACUUUAUAAAUAAUAUAAUAAUAUGCCAUUUAGCAGACGCUUUUAUCCAAAGCGACUUACAGUCAUGCGUGCAUAAUUUAUUUUUUUGUGUAUGGUGGUCCCGGGGAUCGAACCCACUACCUUGGCGUAAAACGCCGUGCUCUACCACUGAGCUACAGUGACCCAUCUACCUUUAUCCCUACCUAUAUGUACAUAUCUACCUCAGUUACCUCGUACACCUAGCACAUGGACUCGGUACUGGUACCCGUGUAUAUAGACAGUUACUCAUCGUGGAUUUAUUCCUUGUUAUUAUUUUUCUAUUAUUUCUCUUUUUUUCUCUGCAUUGUUGGGAAGUAAGCAUUUCACUGUUAGUCUACGCCUGUUGUUUACGAAGCAUGUGACAAAUACAAUUUGCUUUGAUGUUUACUUAGCAGUUAGACAGUCAGACGGAAUGCUAAGCAUAGCAGGACAGUUGCAUGCAGUUCAUGGGACUGCAAAGUCAUGAUGGAGCUCCCUACCAUUACCUAAUUGUCUUACCCCACCAUUUUGUUUACCACUGCACUACAGAGUACAUCCACAGAUUGUACAGUAUAGAUGCCCUCAAAGACAACGCCAGAGAGAAAUAACUGGUCUAUGAAGAUGCAUCAGUCAAUGGGAAUAUGUACAGUAAAUUCUUCUGUUUCUCAUAUUUUAUGUCUCCUGUUUUCUUUCUCUGUCUCCCUACCUCUCUCUGUCCCCUGCCUCCUCUCUCUCCCUCUCUGUCCCUCCCUCUCUCUUUUUCCCCCUCUCUCCUCGUCUGUCUGUCUGUCUGUGUGCUGUCCAGAUGUGGAGCAGAUGGCUAUUGACUGGCUGACAGGAAACUUCUACUUUGUGGAUGACGUGGACGACCGGAUCUUUGUGUGUGACAAGGACGGACAGACGUGUGUCACCCUGCUGGACCAGGAGCUGUACAACCCCAAGGGCAUCGCCCUGGACCCCACCAUGGGGUGAGGACACACACGCAGGCAGGCACGCACAUACACAUAUACAUAUACAUAGGCUGUAUAGACACACACACACACACACACACACACACACACAGUCUACAUACCCACACACAGGCUACACGCACACUACACACACACACACUUUUUAGGGUGUAUACUCAGACUGCAUACUGUAGGCUUCCAUGUUUUGCCUUCUAUGUCAUGUGUCUUGUACCAAUCCAUCACAAAGUUCCAUCCUACCAAAUAGAUGUACAUACGUGUAAAAUCUAAAGAUAAGCAUUUUACAAACACGCGCUCAUACACAUUCACACUUACGAACACUGUUCCGUGCUCCCAUUUGUUGGUCAGGGUUGGAUAGGCAUGUCCAUUGAUGGACACAGUGAGUCAGGGAAAUUCACACUGCGGUCUGUCGGUCCUCCCUCCUUUAUCCCAUGGGAACAGACCAAUGUCCCACUGACUACUGCUGAGACACACACACACACAUCACCCACAGCACAGUAUGUGCUUCUAACACACCAUAACAGUCCCAUGAGAGGCCCAAUAUUUUGGCCACAGUAGUCUGUCAUUGUUACACAACCUAAAACAAUGGGCUGGGGUUGAGGGUAGGAGGGGGUUAGAGUUCUCCAAAACACUUGGAAGGGUUCCUUUCCUCUCUGAUUGGUACGUGGGCCAUUGACUUGAAGUUUGGGGGAGCAGUAAUUGAGUGCAGAUGUUUCAUUUGUGUUGUUUGGGUCUGAGCCCUGAGAGCUCCCAAAUCAUGCCUUUCCCUAAAACGUUCUACAGUCAUGUUUUCAUUUCAGCCCUGCCGUUAUGACAGGGGUCUCGAACUCAAUUACUAGAAGUGUGUGUGUGUGCACGCACGUGUGCAGUUCUUUUGUUUUUCAUUCCAACCCAUUUCCACUGCUAUAAUUGAUUGUGCAGUAAUACAGUGGCUUGCGAAAGUAUUCACCCCCCUUGGCAUUUUUCCUAUUUUGUUGCCUUACAACCUGGAAUUAAAAUGGAUUUUUUUGGGGUUUGUAUCAUUUGAUUUACACAACAUGCCUACCACUCUGAAGAUGCAAAAUAUUUUUUAUUGUGAAACAAACAAGAAAACUUGAGCGUGCAUAACUAUUUGUAGAGCCACCUUUUGCAGCAAUUACAGCUGGAAGUUUCUUGGGGUAUUUCUCUAUAAGCUUGGCACAUCUAGCCACUGGGAUUUUUGCCCAUUCUUCAAGGUAAAACUGCUCCAGCUCCUUCAAGUUGGAUGGGUUCCACUGGUGUACAGCAAUCUUUAAGUCAUAUCACAGAUUCUCAAUUGGAUUGAGGUCUGGGCUUUGACUAGGCCAUUCCAAGACAUUUAAAUGUUUCCCCUUAAACCACUCAAGUGUUGCUUUAGCAGUAUGCUUAGGGUCAUUGUCCUGCUGGAAGGUGAACCUCCAUCCCAGUCUCAAAUCUCUGGAAGACUGAAACAGGUGUCCCUCAAGAAUUUCCCUGUAUUUAGCGCCAUCCACCAUUCCUUCAAUUCUGACCGGUUUCCCAGUCCCUGCCGAUGGAAAAACAUCCCACAGCAUGAUGCUGCCACCACCAUGCUUCACUGUGGGGAUGGUGUUCUCGGGUGAUCAGAGGUGUUGGGUUUGCGCCAGACAUAGCGUUUUCCUUGAUGGCCAAAAAGCUCAAUUUUAGUGUCAUCUGACCAGAGUACAUGCUUCCAUAUGUUUGGGGAGUCUCCCACAUGCCUUUUGUGUUUGCUUCUUUUUUUUCUUUAAGCAAUGGCUUUUUUUGUAUGGCUUAAAGUGGUCCUAUGGACAGAUACUCCAAUCUCUUUGUUGCCUCUCUGAUUAAUGCCCUCCUUGCCUGGUCCGUGAGUUUUGGUGGGCGGCCCUCUCUUGGCAGGUUUGUUGUGGUGCCAUAUUCUUUCCAUUUUUUAAUAAUGGAUUUAAUGGUGCUCCGUGGGAUGUUCAAAGUUUCUGAUAUUUUUUUAUAACCCAACCCUGAUCUGUACUUCUCCACAACUUUGUCCCUGACCUGUUUGGAGAGCUCCUUGGUCUUCAUGGUGCCGCUUGCUUGGUGGUGCCCCUUGCUUAGUGGUGUUGCAGACUCUGUGGCCUUUCAGAACAGUUGUGUGUGUGUGUGUGUGUGUGGUGUGUGUAUAUAUAUAUAUUAUAUAUAUAUAUAUAUAUAUAUAUAUAUAUAUAUAUAUAUAUAUAUAUAUAUAUAUAUAUAUAUAUACAUACAUACAGUGAGGGAAAAAAGUAUUUGAUCCCCUGCUGAUUUUGUACGUUUGCCCACUGACAAAGAAAUGAUCAGUCUAUAAUUUUAAUGGUAGGUUUAUUUGAACAGUGAGGGACAGAAUAACAACAAAAAAAUCCAGGAAAACGGAUGUCAAAAUUGUUAUAAAUUGAUUUGCAUUUUAAUGAGGGAAAUAAGUAUUUGACCCCUCUCAAUCAGAAAGAUUUCUGGCUCCCAGGUGUCUUUUAUACAGGUAACGAGCUGAGAUUAGGAGCACACUCUUAAAGGGAGUGCUCCUAAUCUCAGCUUGUUACCUGUAUAAAAGACACCUGUCCACAGAAGCAAUCAAUCAAUCAGAUUCCAAACUCUCCACCAUAGCCAAGACCAAAGAGCUCUCCAAAGAUGUCAGGGACAAGAUUGUAGACCUACACAAGGCUGGAAUGGGCUACAAGACCAUCGCCAAGCAGCUUGGGUGAGAAGGUGACAACAGUUGGUGCGAUUAUUCGCAAAUGGAAGAAACACAAAAUAACUGUCAAUCUCCCUCGGCCUGGGGCUCCAUGCAAGAUCUCACCUCGUGGAGUUGCAAUGAUCAUGAGAACGGUGAGGAAUCAGCCCAGAACUACACGGGAGGAUCUUGUCAAUGAUCUCAAGGCACUUGGGACCAUAAUCACCAAGAAAACAAUUGGUAACACACUACGCCAUAAAGGACUGAAAUCCUGCAGCGCCCGCAAGGUCCCCCUGCUCAAGAAAGCACAUAUACAUGCCCGUCUGAAGUUUGCCAAUGAACAUCUGAAUGAUUCAGAGGAGAACUGGGUAAAAGUGUUGUGGUCAGAUGAGACCAAAAUCGAGCUCUUUGGCAUCAACUCAACUCGCCGUGUUUGGAGGAGGAGGAAUGCUGCCUAUGACCCCAAGAACACCAUCCCCACCGUCAAACAUGGAGGUGGAAACCUUAUGCUUUGGGGGUGUUUUUCUGCUAAGGGGACAGGACAACUUCACUGCAUCAAAGGGACGAUGGACGGGGCCAUGUACCGUCAAAUCUUGGGUGAGAACCUCCUUCUCUCAGCCAGGGCAUUGAAAAUGGGUCGUGGAUGGGUAUUCCAUCAUGACAAUGACCCAAAACACAUGGCCAAGGCAACAAAGGAGUGGCUCAAGAAAAAGCACAUUAAGGUCCUGGAGUGGCCUAGCCAGUCUCCAGACCUUAAUCCCAUAGAAAAUCUGUGGAGGGAGCUGAAGGUUCGAGUUGCCAAACGUCAGCCUCGAAACCUUAAUGACUUGGAGAAGAUCUGCAAAGAGGAGUGGGACAAAAUCCCUCCUGAGAUGUGUGCAAACCUGGUGGCCAACUACAAGAAAUGUCUGACCUCUGUGAUUGCCAACAAGGGUUUUGCCACCAAGUACUAAGUCAUGUUUUGCAGAGGGGUCAAAUACUUAUUUCCCUCAUUAAAAUGCAAAUCAAUUUAUAACAUUUUUGACAUGCGUUUUUCUGGAUUUUUUUGUUGUUAUUCUGUCUCUCACUGUUCAAAUAAACCUACCAUUAAAAUUAUAGACUGAUCAUUUCUUUGUCAGUGGGCAAACGUACAAAAUCAGCAGGGGAUCAAAUACUUUUUUCCCUCACUGUGUAUAUAUAUAUAUAUAUAUAUAUAUAUAUAUAUACUGAGAUCAUGUGACACUUAGAUUGCACACGGUGGACUUUAUUUAACUAAUUAUGUAACUUCUGAAGGUAAUUGGUUGCACCAGAUCUUAUUUAGGGGCUUCAUAGCAAAGGGGGUGAAUACAUAUGCACGCACCACUUUUCUGUUAUUUUUUUUGAAUUUUUUGAAACAAGUUAUUUUUUUUAUUUCACUUCACCAAUUUGGACUAUUUUGUGUAUGUCCAUUACAUGAAAUCCAAAUAAAAAUCCAUUUAAAUUACAGGUUGUAAUGCAACAAAAUAGAUACAAUGCCAAGGGGGAUGAAUACUUUUGCAAGGCACUGUAUACUCUGGUACAUUUACUCCAGACUCUUUUCCCGUGAUGUUGUCCAGCUGCUAUUAGGGAUGGCAAUAAUAUUCUUGGCUGUAAUUUAGAGAUGAUAUAAUAUAGUUUUUUUGUAAAACCUUCUAGGAAUUGCAUUGUGAUUGUUUGAUCAUUAUCUUUUUCUGGGAGCACAUCCAAGAAAUUAUUGUUUGAUAGUUCCCUCAUGUUUAGAAAACCCAGUGAGAGGCAGAGUAAAUAAGCUUUAGGGAACAAGACAAUAAAACAUCAAGCACCCAGGAGGUGUUCCUCUGACCAUGUGACCCGACCAGGACAAAUUAUUAGCACACUCAGGUAUUCCUCCAUAUAAAACAUAAUGAAGGAAAAUGCUGGGCUGUUCAACUACAGAUGUUUUAACAACAGUUUCCCCUAUACUUACCUAGACAUGAAAAUAGGAAUGUAUUAAUUCACCUGUCAAUCAAUCGUUCACUCUGUCAAACAAGCUGUCGCUCCUCUCCCCUACAACUCUUCCCUAGCUUGUUGCUGUAAAUGACAACAUACUCAUGCUCAGUCAACUUACCUGCUAAAAUAGAAUCAAUCCAUCAAUGAAUUAGCUAAUCACCUCUCAUCUCUCUCCUCCCACAGUAAAGUGUUCUUCACAGACUACGGUCAGAUCCCCAAGGUGGAGCGUUGUGACAUGGAUGGUCAGAACCGGACCAAGCUGGUGGACAGUAAGAUCGUGUUCCCCCACGGUAUCACCCUGGACCUGGUCAGCAGGCUGGUCUACUGGGCCGAUGCCUACCUGGACUACAUAGAGGUGGUGGACUACGAAGGCAAGAACAGACACACCAUCAUCCAAGGCCUGCUGGUGAGCACACACAGACACACAGACAACAAGGGCAAAAACAGACACACCAUCAUACAGGGUCUGCUGGUGAGGUCAUCAACCUGUGACAGACUGUCUGGCAGCUAGCACGCUUCUUCAGGGUUCUGGAAGGGAGCGUUUAGGAGGGUUUAAAAUUUUUGGAAUGUUGCAGAUUUGUUGGUUGUUGUGAAGAGCAGAAGGGCAUCUCCUUAAUUUAGAGUAAGGAUUUUUAUAUAAGAAUACUUAAUAGCUGUGACCUUUACAUUCCUUGUUAUCCAAGCAGAUUUAAAUCUUAAAUCCAAGGUAAAUACUUGGUUGCCACUAAAACCAAAUUCCCCCAUCUAUGUAGAGGUUCCUGUGUUUUCUCUCCUGUGAGGAUCCUCUCUCUCCUGCUGCUGUAGUAAUGUGGUGCUGUUCAGUGAGCUAUGGCCAGAGAGCAGGGGGUUGACAGUAGCUUUUUCAUUAGAGAGCUGAUUAAUAGGAGUUAAAGCAGAGCUCUGUGGAUGGUGCCGUGGCUGGUGUGGCCAAGCGCCUUUUAAACCUGUUAGCAGGGCUUUUAGCGCUAGCUGUGUGUCUGCACAAGUAAUGGCCUUCAUUUACUCACUGGGCCUGGGGGCACAGACGACAACAACACACACACACACACACACACACACACACACGCACACACACACAAAGCCCCUUUAAUUGUGCGUGUGCUAUCAAGUCUGUGUGUGUAUAUACAACCAAGUGUGUGUGUGAUUGCCAUCAGUGGCAGUUUAAAGUCCAUGGAUGGUUAUUGAUGGUGAGGGUACAGGCAGUAUUGCAGAGGGCAUGUGUUUAUUCCUGCCCUAGCCUGAUCUUAAUGGAUACGAGUCACUCUGAUCCGAAGAGCUGAUCGACCGCCAUUUUCAUCUAUUUCACGUUAGUGCUGUUAACUGGGACAGUGAGGCCGGCUUUCUUCUCUUGUUUAGGCCUGUUAGAGUGCAUUAUGGGAAAUGGAGGCCCGAGUCAUGCUAUGGGUCAUUUGGAAUUCUGAAUCAGCUGUGUAGAGUCGAGUUUUCAAGGGGAAUUCUGUAUUGAUUGUGAUUUUUGGUUCUUUGUGUCACUCAUUCUCUCUUCCUCGUGCUCCCUCCUUCCAUCCCUCUCUCCCUCUCUCUCCUCCAUCCCUCUCUUCCUCUCUCUCCUCCAUCCCUCUCUCCCUCUCCCUCUUUCUCUCCCUCCUCCCCCUCUCCCAGAUUGAGCACCUGUAUGGUCUGACAGUGUUUGAGAACUACCUGUAUGCCACUAACUCAGACAACGCCAACAUGCAGCCUAAGACCAGUGUGAUCAGAGUGAACCGCUUCAACAGUUCUGACUACCAGGUGGUGACCCGCGUCGACAAGGGAGGAGCCCUGCACGUCUACCACCAGAGGCGACAGCCGCCAGGUAACUGUUAUAGGGUUCUAUAUUCUAUGCCCGCUGCGCAUAUUGUCAAAUCAAUUCUAUAUUUAACCCACCAACAUAGUGGUAUAGUUGAAAUUCACUUGAAUACUCAGAAAUCUCCUCUCCUCCAGUGCGUAGCCAUGCAUGUGAGCCAGACCAGUUUGGGAAGGCUGGAGGCUGCUCUGACAUCUGUCUGCUGGGGAACAGCCAUAAAACCCGUACCUGCCGCUGUCGCUCCGGCUUCAGUCUGGGGAGUGACGGGAAGUCCUGCAAGAGUAAGUACCACAUAGCCAAUCCCCUCUCAGAUACUCCACAGCACAGCCAAUUAUCUGUUAGGCACUUUACAAAACAAGUCAAUAAAAUGCUUCAUUAUAAAUUCAAUCUGCUCUGAGAUACAACAACCCACUCCUACAGUGCAUACUCUAGUCUACAGUACAGCCAAUGUGCUCUCAGAAACAUAUAUUUUUUUAUAUCACAGCCAAUCCACUUUCACCUCCUCCAAUCAGCUCCUUCACAACUCUGGCUAUCCGCUCCUCCUCUGUGGCUGUCUCUUGGAGCAGCUAAAUCUCCUCAAGUCUGACCAGUAGACUGACUCACAUGACAUUGACAGCCAGCCUCCCUAAUCAAUGUCUACAUGCCUGAAGCCCCACUAUAACUAUGAAGCAGAGGCAGACAUCAAUUAUGUUAUUGACCCUGUGCCAAUGGCAGUGAAGGUUGAAUCAGGAAAACUGAGCUAAGUCCUGGGAGACCCAUAAUAAACAGGCAGCUCUGAGUUGACUACUUUUGUCUGCGGAGUAACAUAAAGUACAACUCCAUCCCUGAUUGAUUCACCUUGCCUGAGAGGUGUGUAUUAAUAUUCUAUGAGGAUAUGAAAGCAACCACAUAUUGAUCUGUUUCUUGUCUAUAACCCUAGGUGCUCUUGAAAACCACACCAGAGCAGAUUGAUUCAACCGAAACCUAUCCCAUCCACUACACCAUAUGGAACAAGUCGUCAAAUGUUAAUUUGAAUGAUUGAAAAUCACUUAUAUUCUCAUUACGUUUACGGGGUUAUGCUGCUCUUGCACAGUUUUUAUCAGUUUAAUCAAUGCAAAUUAUAUUUUAUUUACAGUACGUGACAGCAUUUGAACUGUUAAUUCUUUGUGGAGAAGAUAUUCAUUACUAGACAGAGGAAAGGCAGGAAUUGUGGAGGUGAUUUGAAUUCUAUGGAUGUUCUUUAAUGGCAAAGGCCUCAUCAAUGCUCUCAUCCUCUUCCCAUUUUGUCAGUCUGUUUAUAGCAUUGUAGUUUGAUUUGAAAUCCUUUCAGAAUGCCUGAGCCUGUCGUCUUCAUAAAGCAUCUCAGAAAGUGCUGAUCUAGGAUCAGUUUUGCCUAAUUAGAUGUAAUGAAUAAGAUUUCAUGGACAUGGGGGUCUGAUCCUAGAUCAGCACUCUUCUCUGAGAUGCUUUAUUUAUGAAUACAGGCCAAGUAAGUCCUCUCUCUCUCCCAUGUUUUUUUCCAGAGCCGGAGCAUGAGCUGUUCCUGGUGUACGGUAAAGGUCGUCCAGGGGUCAUCCGAGGGAUGGACAUGAAUGCUAAGGUCCCAGACGAGUACAUGAUCCCCAUAGAGAACCUGAUGAACCCCAGAGCCCUGGACUUCCACUCAGACAGCGACUUCAUAUAUUUCGCUGACGCCACCAGCUACCUCAUUGGCCGCCAAAAGAUCGACGGCACAGAGAGAGACACCAUCCUGAAGGACGGUACAGUAACUGCCCUGCAUGGUGGCCAUUUUGGGGCAUCAUUACUGUAAUGGGGAGUAGUGGCCAUUUUGGCUCCAAAAUCAUGCUAGCAAUGUGUCUUGGCAGUUUAUGUUGUAUAAUAGGGCAACUGGCCUCUCACCACUUGUUCCUCUAUGUUCCAGGAAUCCACACAGUGGAGGGUAUAGCGGUGGACUGGAUGGCUGAUAACCUGUACUGGACGGACGACGGGCCCAAGAAGACCAUCAGUGUGGCCAGGCUGGAGAAGGCUUCCCAGACCCGCAAGACUCUCAUCGAGGGCAAGAUGACCCACCCCCGCGCCAUUGUAGUGGACCCCCUACACGGGUGAGAGAAGGAAGGUGGGAGGGAGAAAGGAAAGACAGAGGGAGAAGGGAAGGAGGCAUAGGGAUGGAGUGAUGCAUGGAAGAGUUUAGGUACAGUGGGGAAAAAAAGUCCUUGUUGGUAAUCAAGCCUACUACUGUUGUGUCAUCUGCAAACUUGAUGACUGAGUUGGAGGCAUGCUUGGCCACGCAGUCAUGGGUGAACAGGGAGUACAGGAGGGGGCUGAGCACGCACCCUUGUGGGGCCCAAGUGUUGAGGAUCAGCGAAGUGGAGGUGUUGUUUCCUACCGUCACCACCUGGGGGCGGCCCGUCAGGAAGUCCAGGAUCCAGUUGCACAGGGCGGGGUUGGUUCAGACCCAGGGCCUCGAGCUUAAUGAUGAGCUUGGAGGGUACUAUGGUGUUGAAUGCUGAGCUAUAGUCAAUGAAAAGCAGUCUGACAUACAGUGGGGAAAAAAAGUAUUUAGUCAGCCACCAAUUGUGCAAGUUCUCCCACUUAAAAAGAUGAGAGAGGCCUGUAAUUUUCAUCAUAGGUACACGUCAACUAUGACAGACAAAUUGAGGGGAAAAAAUCCAGAAAAUCACAUUGUAGGAUUUUUAAUGAAUUUAUUUGCAAAUUAUGGUGGAAAAUAAGUAUUUGGUCACCUACAAACAAGCAAGAUUUCUGGCUCUCACAGACCUGUAACUUGUAUUAAUGGCACCUGUUUGAACAGUCACACUCCAAACUCCACUAUGGCCAAAACCAAAGAGCUGUCAAAGACACCAGAAACAAAAUUGUAGACCUGCACCAGGCUGGGAAGACUGAAUCUGCAAUAGGUAAGCAGCUUGGUUUGAAGAAAUCAACUGUGGGAGCAAUUAUUAGGAAAUGGAAGACCACUGAUAAACUCCCUCGAUCUGGGGCUCCACGCAAGAUCUCACCCCGUGGGGUCAAAAUUAUCACAAGAACGGUGAGCAAAAAUCCCAGAACCACACGGGGGGACCUAGUGAAUGACCUGCAGAGAGCUGGGACCAAAGUAACAAAGCCUACCAUCAGUAACACACUACGCCGCCAGGGACUCAAAUCCUGCAGUGCAAGACGUGUCCCCCUGCUUAAGCCAGUACAUGUCCAGGCCCGUCUGAAGUUUGCUAGAGUGCAUUUGGAUGAUCCAGAAGAGGAUUGGGAGAAUGUCAUAUGGUCAGAUGAAACCAAAAUAGAACUUUUUGGUCAAAACUCAAUUCGUCGUGUUUGGAGGACAAAGAAUGCUGAGUUGCAUCCAAAGAACACCAUACCUACUGUGAAGCAUGGGGGUGGAAACAUCAUGCUUUGGGGCUGUUUUUCUGCAAAGGGACCAGGACGACUGAUCCGUAUAAAGGAAAGAAUGAAUGGGGCCAUGUAUCGUGAGAUUUUGAGUGAAAACCUCCUUCCAUCAGCAAGGGCAUUGAAGAUGAAACGUGGCUUGGUCUUUCAGCAUGACAAUGAUCCCAAACACACCACCCGGGCAACGAAGGAGUGGCUUCGUAAGAAGCAUUUCAAGGUCCUGGAGUGGCCUAGCCAGUCUCCAGAUCUCAACCCCAUAGAAAAUCUUUGGAGGGAGUUGAAAGUCUGUGUUGCCCAACGACAGCCCCAAAACAUCACUGCUCUAGAGGAGAUCUGCAUGGAGGAAUGGGCCAAAAUACCAGCAACAGUGUGUGAAAACCUUGUGAAGACUUACAGAAAACGUUUGACCUGUGUCAUUGCCAACAAAGGGUAUAUAACCAAGUAUUGAGAAACUUUUGUUAUUGACCAAAUACUUAUUUUCCACCAUAAUUUGCAAAUAAAUUCAUUCAAAAUCCUACAAUGUGAUUUUCUGGAUUUUGUUUUCCUCAUUUUGUCUGUCAUAGUUGACGUGUACCUAUGAUUAAAAUUACAGGCCUCUCUCAUCUUUUUAAGUGGGAGAACUUGCACAAUUGGUGGCUGACUAAAUACUUUUUUUCCCCACUGUAAUGGUUGUUUUGGGAUAGGUUUUUUUUGUUUGGAGGGGGUGUUGGGGUGAGAGAGUGUGGAUAUGAAGGAGGCAUGCCAGAGGUUUUACAGCCAUUAGCAGUAAAGUCUUACUGUGUGUGUGGUGGGACUGUCUGCUUCUUAAUAGAUUAUUUUGAUAUUCUACCAUGGGUGUGAGAUGUGGCUGGAAGAUGAUUGGAAAGUUGACGCUGGGGUGUGUGGGUUUCUGUGUGUGUGUCCAUGUUUGUUUGUGCAUUCAUACGUGACUACGUACAUGCAUACGUGUGUGUGUUUCUAUAUUUUCCUGUCACUGAUCCCCUACUUUCCGCUCACAGCACCUUAAAACAAUUCUAUCCCUCUCAAGUGUGUGUGUGCAUUGCGUUUGUUUGACCCAUUUGUUUAGUGUCUUUUCUUUUCUAUGGGAGAAGGGGGAGCGUCUUCACCAUGGUUUGUAACUUUGUAAAAACUGAAGAAAAGAAUUACUGAAGUUCAAAUGAAGGCGUUAGUCAGCAUAUUCACAGCCAGACUAGGGGACUAUCCCCUGUGGUGUGUGUGGGGGGGAGAGAUAAUAGAGUUCUACUCAAUCAGAUGUCAGCUGGGGCAGAAUAGCCCGGUCACGACAGACCAAAACACACACACACACCAUGCUCAUCCCCCUCCUCUCUCUCCCCAGGUGGAUGUACUGGACAGACUGGGAGGAGGACCCUAAGGAGAGUAAGAGAGGGAAGAUUGAGCGGGCCUGGAUGGACGGUUCUAACAGGAACGUGUUCCUGACCAGUAAGACGGUCCUGUGGCCCAACGGUCUGAGUCUGGACAUCCCACAGGGAAUCCUGUACUGGGUGGACGCAUACUAUGACCGCAUUGAGAUGGUCUACCUUAACAACACUGAACGCAAGGUCAGUCAGAAUGGUUACUAGCCCUAAAACGAACCCUAACCCCAACCCUAACGCUACUAUGACCGCAUCGGUAUUGUCUAUAGUACCUCAACAACUCAGAAUGCAAGGUCAGCACAUGACAAACAUUACCAUGAUAAUGUAUUACUACAAUAAGUAAUAAAGUUGAUUUAACACACCAAGUGAGAUUUGUAGUACAGUAUAAAACUGUAUAGUUAUUGUGGUCAGUGGUGAGACUAGGUACCGUAAUGAUACUGUAGUUGUCAUAGGGUUUAUUGGAUAUGCAGUCUGUGUGUACUGAACACAUCAACACCUGUAUUGUGUUGUUAUCAGACGGUAUAUGAGGGUCAGGAGUUGAACCACGCCUUCGGCCUGUGUCACUACAAACACUUCCUGUUCUGGAAUGAGUACCGCAGCGGUAGCAUCUACAAAUUGGACCAGGUCACCAAGACAGUCUCCCUGCUCCGCAAUGAACGACCUCCCAUCUUCGAGAUCCGCAUAUAUGACGCCCAGCAGCAGCAAGGUACAGGACACUAGUCUGUUCAUCCAUCUAUUCACCUAUCUAUCUAUCUAUCUAUCUAUCUAUCCAUCUAUCCAUCUAUCCAUCCAUACACACAUUAAUGUCUGAACAUAUCUCUCUACCCCUCUCUGUGUCUCUGUCUCUCUUGCUCUCGCUCUCGGUCUCUCGCGCUCUCGGUCUCUCGCGCUCUCUGUCUCUCGCGCUCUGUCUCUCGCACUCUGUCACUCGCGCUCUGUCUCUCUCGCUCUGUGUGCAGGUUCCAAUGCAUGUCGUGUGAAUAACGGGGGCUGCAGUAGUCUGUGUCUGGCCAUCCCUGAUGGGAGACAGUGUGCCUGUGCAGAGGACCAGCUACUGGAUGACGAAGACAACACCAGCUGUAAAGGUGAGAGGUCAGGGAGCAGGGGUCAGCUACAGGAGAGCAGGAGUUUAAAUUCAAUACUAUACUCCCAUAAUGUGCAUGUGCACGCAUGUGUGUGAAAGAUCAUGUGGAAGGGAAUUUUGUCACAUGCUACCAUCAUCAGGGUUUAUAGAGAUUAGCCUAGGAUUAAACUGUAUUUCAAAGUUGAACUGUCAAAAGUGUGUGUGUGUGCGAGAGAGAGGGAGAGAGGAGCAUGGAGCAGUCAGCCCAGAGUUUGGUGUUGUGGAGGGGGGAUUAGGGACUGACAGUAGGCCUGACACACACACACACUGGGCUCAUAAUUUGUAAGUCGCUCUGGAUAAGAGCGUCUGCUAAAUGACGUAAAUGUAAAUGUUGGCUCACUGCUCUGACAGGGUUUGUGUUUGUUGUAGACUGCUGAUGUGACAGAAUAUUAGCUAGUAAUCUCACUGUCCCGCUCCACUCAUUUAGCUUUGUUGGAGAAAUGUGUUAUUUGAAUGCUCAACCUCUCUCUUUCUCUUUCUCUUUCUCUUUCUCUUUCUCUUUCUCUUCUCUCUCUCUCUCUCUCUUCUCUUUCUCUCUCUCUCUCUCUCUCUCUUUCCCUUUCCCAGUCAACCCGUCCUACAUCCCGCCUCCUCAGUGUCAGCCCGGGGAGUUUGCCUGUAAGAACAACCGCUGUAUCCAGGAGCGAUGGAAGUGUGACGGUGACAACGACUGUCUGGACAACAGUGACGAGGCCCCUGAGCUCUGCCGUGAGUAUACGACACACUGAUUGUAGAACAACUACAGUGCCUUGCAAAAGUAUUCAUCCCUCUUGGCAUUUUAUCUAUUUUGUUGCAUUGCAACCUGUAAUUUCAAUGGAUUUUUAUUUGGAUUUCAUGUAAUGGACAUACACAAAAUGUACAUUUACAUUACAUUUAGCAGACGCUCUUAACCAGAGCGACUUUUACAAAUUGGUGCAUUCACCUUAUGAUAGCCAGUGGGACAACCACUUUACAAAAAUUAAAUAAAUAAAAUGUUAUCAAUUUCUAUUAGUAUAAUGUUUUUUUUAUUAUAAAUUUUUUUUGGUCAAAUAAUUUUAGAGUAUGUUUUUUAAUUUUAAUUUGUUUUUUUAUAUAUAUAUAUAUAUAUAUAGUAGUUUUAUUUUUUGUUGUUUAUUUAUAUAUAUAUAUUUUUUUUUUUUUUGGGGGGGGGGGGGGUAGAAGGAUUACUUUUAUACUAUCCCAAAAUAGUCCAAAUUGGUGAAGUGAAAUGAAAAAAAUAACUUGUUUCAAAAAAAUCUAAAAAUAAAUCAGGGACAAAGUUGUGGAGAAGUACAGAUCAGAAGUACAGAUCAGGGUUGGGUUCUAAAAAAAUAUCAGAAACUUUGAACAUCCCACGGAUCACCAUUAAAUCUAUUAUUAAAAAAUGGAAAGAAUUUGGCACCACAACAAACCUGCCAAGAGUGGGCCGCCCACCAAAACUCACGGACCAGGCAAGGUGAGCAUUAAUCAGAGAGGCAACAAAGAGACCAAAUAUAACCCUGAAGGAGCUGCAAAGCUCCACAGCAACAAAAAAAAAAGCCAUUGCUUAAAGAAAAAAAUAAGCGAACACGUUUGGUGUUCGCCAAAAGGCAUGUGGGAGAUUGCCCAAACAUAUGGAAGAAGGUACUCUGGUCAGAUGAGACUAAAAUUGAGCUUUUUGGCCAUCAAGGAUAACGCUAUGUCUGGCGCAAACCCAAUACCUCUCAUCACCCCAAGAACACCAUCACCACAGUGAAGCAUGGUGGUGGCAGCAUCAUGCUGUGGGGAUGUUUUUCAUCGGCAGGGACUGGGAAACUGGUCAGAAUUGAAGGAAUGAUGGAUGGUUGAUACAGGGAAUUUCUUGAGGGAAACCUGUUUCAGUCUUCCAGAGAUUUGAGACUGGGACGGAAGUUCACCUUCCAGCAGGACAAUGACCCUAAGCAUACUGCUAAAGCAACACUCGAUGUGGUUUAAGGGGAACAUUUAAAUGUCUUGGAAUGGCCUAGUCAAAGCCCAGACCUCAAUCCAAUUGAGAAUCUGUGGGAUGACUUAAAGAUUGCUGUACACCAGUGGAACCAAUCCAACUUGAAGGAGCUGGCGCAGUUUUGCCUUGAAGAAUGGGCAAAAAUCCCAGUGGCUAGAUGUGCCAAGCUUAGAGACAUACCCCAAGAGACUUGCAGCUGUAAUUGCUGCAAAAGGUGGCUCUACAAAGUAUAGACUUUGGGGGGGUGAAUAGUUAUGCACGCACAAGUUUUCUUAUUCUUAUUUCUUGUUUGUUUCACCCCAAAAAAUAUUUUGCAUCUUCAAAGCCGUAGGCAUGUUGUGUAAAUGAAAUGAUACAACCCCCCCCAAAAAUCAAUUUUAAUUCCAGGUUGUAAGGCAACAAAAUAGGAAAAAUGCCAAGGGGGGUGAAUACUUUCACAAGCCACUGUACCUUUCCUCUGGUCUCAGUGCUGCUGGAUACAGAUGGCCCUUCAGUAUUUCAGUUUGAAAGUCUGUUGAUGCCAGAAUGAAUUGAGAAACGACAGACUUUGUGUGUUUAUGUUUGCAGUGCACAUGCUUGAGAGAGUGUGUGUGCGCUUGUGUUUACGCAUGUAUUUGCGUGUGUGUGUUUUUUGUGCGUGCGGGGGAAUGUUGGUGGUUCUGGAAAAAGCUUGGUCUGUCUGUAGUCAGAUUGCAGACAGGCUCCACUUCCAGACAAAACACAAGCCUAGUCAGUCUGUCUGUCUGCCCUCUUACACUCUGUACCCCUGCUCUCCCCCUCUAUCCUUCCUCCAUCAAUCCAUCAUCCCUCCAUACUCCCUCUUCCUUCUCUCCCCAUCCCUCCCUCCAUAUUUCCCUCCCUCCAUCCAUCUCUCCCUUCUCUUCCUCCAUAUCUCCCUCCAGACCAGCACACCUGUCCCACUGAUAAGUUUAAGUGUCAGAACAACCGCUGUAUCCCUCUGCGCUGGCUGUGUGAUGGAGACAACGACUGUGGCAAAGACGAGGAUGAGUUCAACACCACCUGCUCUGGUAGGACGUACACACACUCAAAGAUGUACACACACACAGUUACAUAAGGUGCACACACACACACACGUAACACACUCAUACACAUAUUCUGUACAGACACGCACUAUUUUCUAUUUCUUUCUCUAUUUCUCUUUCACUGUCUCUCUCUCUGUCUCUCUCUCUCUCUCUGUAGUACACAUCAUUCAGACAAUGGUUGUUGAGGGCUGACCUUUCUCUCAGCCUCGCACAGUGUACAUGGCUGUAGGGCUAAGUGCUCCCGAGAUGCUCAAAAUGCCAUUUGACGUUUCCCGUGACUCCAACUACUGUUAUAAUAUUUCAAAGGGCAACCUAAUAACAUCCUAUUGAAGUCAUUCUCCUGAGGAGAUAGUUUAGUAAUCUCAGCGACCCCACCCCACACUCCUAUUGUUUCAGCUCGCACCUGCCCCCCCAACCAGUACUCGUGUGCCAGUGGUCGCUGUAUCCCCAUCUCCUGGACAUGUGACCUUGACGAUGACUGUGGGGACCGAUCAGACGAGCCUGCAUCAUGUGGUGGGUCACCUGCCUCAACGUCACCUUUGACCCUUAUGUUUCUCUUAUGCUACAACACACAGAACAUUAUCUUCUGUUAAAAGACUAAGCACAAUACCCAUAUCACUGAAACCCAGGCUCACAGGGAGGCCGGGAUUUAUCAUGGUUAUAGCUAGUGAAGUAGUUAGUUACUGCUGGGUUCUUUCUUAUGACGCUAAGCUCUCUCUCUCUUCCAUUCUCUCUCUCCAUCCAGCCUACCCCACCUGUUUCCCUCUCACCCAGUUCAUCUGCAAUAACGGACGCUGCAUCAACAUCAACUGGCGCUGUGACAAUGGUGAGUCUCUCCUUCCUCCUCUUCAUCUUCGUCCUACUGUGUGUGCUUGUGUGUGUGUCUCCCAGUCAUCAUCAUCAGUUUUAUCAAUGGCUCGUUGCUACGCAUGUCAUUUGAUGUCCACCUACCUCCUUCUUGCUACAGCUUUCUUUUCUCUAUUUGGCAAGGAUGUUUGUGUGUUGUGCGUUUCUUCUCUCAUUGUAAUUGGCUCAUUGUGUCUGUUGUUGUUGUUCCAUGUGUGUUGUUGUCGUGCCGUGCGCCCACUCCGCUGUCUCUCCGUUGGUUUCUUUGUUUCAGAAAAGGAUUGUGGGGACGGCUCUGAUGAGUUGAAUUGUCCAAACCCGACUGGUUAGUGCAUAGAUCAACAUGCACCAUAGCCACAGCUAGAGGCUAGCCAGGGCUCGCUAGGGGGGGAAGACAUGCUACUGUAGGGAGAACCAGGGCUGCUUCCCUUACUAACGGCAGCUUUACCCUUUAACAAUAGUUAAUUAUUCAUCUCAAUGCAAUGAUAAUGGAGGCUCUUACUGCUUCUACUUAUGCAGGAGAAAUACCUUUUCUAUUGUAAUUGGAUUGGACAAGAAUCAAAGACAGAGAGAACAUAGGUUGUUCGUGGUGGUGAGGUAUUAUCAGUAUUGAGCAAGGACCAGUUGGAUUAUCUGUAAUAGUGUGCUUACUGUCUAUGUAUCUGACAGUGGACAAUAUUAAGGUUUAGUUACCAGAAGAACCUCCCUGUUAGAAGUGCUUAGAUAAGGAAGGGUUUGGGGAAGCAUCUCCUCUGCUGCCAAGCUCAAUGUAUCAGUGCUGGGUACAUUCACUCAUGGUGCAUGGUCUGAUCUAUGUAGUUUCUGUGAUUACUCUUCUCCUUUUCCUCACAUUGAAAUUCAUUUGUAAACGUACUGUUAAGUGUUUUGUAUGUGAGUAUGUAUUUUAUGUUGUGGAGAGUAAUGGGAAUUGCAUUGUGAACAAUAGUUCUCUAACAGCUAUUUACUUUAACUUCAAUGUUGUCUGAGUGGAGAGAUCAUUGACAGUGUUCUUCAUAACUAACGUAAAUGACCAGGUACAUAUAACCUGGGUGAUUUGUUUUAGCCUUUCCUUAUAGUGUAUGUUGUGUGUAUGACUGGUGUGAGGUAGAGGUUUGACUGUGUUUGCCUUACAGACAACGACUGUGGGGACAACAGUGAUGAGGCAGGCUGCAGCCAUUCCUGCUCCAGUGCCCAGUUCAAGUGUAACAGCGGCCGCUGCAUCCCUGACUACUGGACCUGCGACGGGGACAAUGACUGUAGAGACUACAGCGACGAGACCCACGCCAACUGCACCAAUCAGGGUGAGUGUCAACUCUGUAACCCGCCAAUUACUGUCUGUGAGAGCUUUACCCACCAAUCCUUGUGUAAACUCUAACUCACCAAUCAUUGAGUGUCGACUACAUGACCCACCAUCCAGGGUGAGUGUCAGAUCCGAAACCCGCUGAUCACUGCCUGUGCAUGUCAGCUCCGUAACGCACCAACCAGGACAACUUAAUGUGAUAUUACUGUAUGUGCUAUAGGCUACCUAAAUGAAGGGGUUAAUCUCUACGACAGGCUGUGGGCUUAUAGAUAGCUGUUGACUGUUUGAAACCUCAGUACUUCAUGUCCCAAGCAGUGCAACAAACACUACUUUACCCCAUCUCUCCAUCUAUCUUGUAAACCUGCUAGUACAUUAUCUCCUUCUAACAUAUUAUUAAGACUUGGGGGAAACAACCUCACUAUUUAUACUCCAAACACUGUAUCUGAUUAGGUCCUGCUGUUUGUUGUUUACUUGGUAGAUAAUUCUAGAAGGCCUCACCUGAAAAUUCUACUUUCCUGUGGUCGACUCCAAACCACUUUAUUACAUUUACGUAGGAUCUGAGCCAAAAGAAACAAAGUAUUUGAGAAACAGAAAAGUUUAAGAUGAUCGACUAUCGUGGGCGUUUUGGGUAAACAUUUCUUUAUCUUCCAACUACACUGUGGCCUGUAACCAGAGAACUAGGAUCCCAGCCAGCCCGCUUCUCCCUCCCAUGUGGUGCUGGCUAAUGGGCUUGUCCAGGUUUGGCUCCCACCGCAGUGCACAGGGAAUGCUGAGCUUUUAAUGAAGGUCAGAGGAGGGCAGGCAGGCAGAAUGCAUCAGGAAGAGCUUUCACACAGCUCUUUUACACACAUCCCAGUCUGCUGUCCCCACAUGCUUUAAGAUGGCCACCAUUGUUCCUGUACCGAAGAAAGCAAAGGUAACUGAACUAAAUUACUAUCGCCCCGUAGCACUCACCUCUGUCAUCAUGAAGUGCUUUGAGAGACUAGUCAAAGAUCAUAUCACCUCUACCUUACCUGUCACCCUAGACCCACUUCAAUUUGCUUACUGCCCCAAUAGAUCCACAGACGAUGCAAUCGCCAUCACACUGCACACUGCCCUAUCCCAUCUGGACAAGAGGAAUACCUACAGUGGGGAAAAAAGUAUUUAGUCAGCCACCAAUUGUGCAAGUUCUCCCACUUAAAAAGAUGAGAGAGGCCUGUAAUUUUCAUCAUAGGUACACGUCAACUAUGACAGACAAAAUGAGAAAAAUAAUUCCAGAAAAUCACAUUGUAGGAUUUUUAAUGAAUUUAUUUGCAAAUUAUGGUGGAAAAUAAGUAUUUGGUCAAUAACAAAAGUUUCUCAAUACUUUGUUAUAUACCCUUUGUUGGCAAUGACACAGGUCAAACGUUUUCUGUAAGUCUUCACAAGGUUUUCACACACUGUUGCUGGUAUUUUGGCCCAUUCCUCCAUGCAGAUCUCCUCUAGAGCAGUGAUGUUUUGGGGCUGUCGCUGGGCAACACGGACUUUCAACUCCCUCCAAAGAUUUUCUAUGGGGUUGAGAUCUGGAGACUGGCUAGGCCACUCCAGGACCUUGAAAUACUUCUUACGAAGCCACUCCUUCGUUGCCCGGGUGGUGUGUUUGGGAUCAUUGUCAUGCUGAAAGACCAAGCCACGUUUCAUCUUCAAUGCCCUUGCUGAUGGAAGGAGGUUUUCACUCAAAAUCUCACGAUACAUGGCCCCAUUCAUUCUUUCCUUUACACGGAUCAGUCGUCCUGGUCCCUUUGCAGAAAAACACCCCCAAAGCAUGAUGUUUCCACCCCCAUGCUUCACAGUAGGUAUGGUGUUCUUUAGAUGCAACUCAGCAUUCUUUGUCCUCCAAACACGACGAGUUGAGUUUUGACCAAAAAGUUCUAUUUUGGUUUCAUCUGACCAUAUGACAUUCUCCCAAUCCUCUUCUGGAUCAUCCAAAUGCACUCUAGCAAACUUCAGACGGGCCUGGACAUGUACUGGCUUAAGCAGGGGGACACGUCUGGCACUGCAGGAUUUGAGUCCCUGGCGGCGUAGUGUGUUACUGAUGGUAGGCUUUGUUACUUUGGUCCCAGCUCUCUGCAGGUCAUUCACUAGGUCUCCCCGUGUGGUUCUGGGAUUUUUGCUCACCGUGAUCAUUUUGACCCCACGGGGUGAGAUCUUGCGUGGAGCCCCAGAUCGAGGGAGUUUAUCAGUGGUCUUCCAUUUCCUAAUAAUUGCUCCCACAGUUGAUUUCUUCAAACCAAGCUGCUUACCUAUUGCAGAUUCAGUCUUCCCAGCCUGGUGCAGGUCUACAAUUUUGUUUCUGGUGUCUUUGACAGCUCUUUGGUUUUGGCCAUAGUGGAGUUUGGAGUGUGACUGUUUGAGGUUGUGGACAGGUGUCUUUUAUACUGAUAACAAGUUCAAACAGGUGCCAUUAAUACAAGUUACAGGUCUGUGAGAGCCAGAAAUCUUGCUUGUUUGUAGGUGACCAAAUACUUAUUUUCCACCAUAAUUUGCAAAUAAAUUCAUUAAAAAAUCCUACAAUGUGAUUUUCUGGAUUUUUUUUCCUCAAUUUGUCUGUCAUCGUUGACGUGUACCUAUGAUGAAAAUUACAGGCCUCUCUCAUCUCUCUCAUUUUAAGUGGGAGAACUUGCACAAUUGGUGGCUGACUAAAUACUUUUUUUCCCCACUGUAUGUCAGACUGCUUUUCAUUGACUAUAGCUCAGCAUUCAACACCAUAGUACCCUCCAAGCUCAUCAUUAAGCUCGAGGCCCUGGGUCUGAACCAACCCCGCCCUGUGCAACUGGAUCCUGGACUUCCUGACGGGCCGCCCCCAGGUGGUGAUGGUAGGAAACAACACCUCCACUUCGCUGAUCCUCAACACUUGGGCCCCACAAGGGUGCGUGCUCAGCCCCCUCCUGUACUCCCUGUUCACCCAUGACUGCGUGGCCAAGCACGCCUCCAACUCAGUCAUCAAGUUUGCAGAUGACACAACAGUAGUAGGCUUGAUUACCAACAAUGAUGAGACAGCCUACAGGGAGGAGAUGAGGGCUCUGGGAGUGUGGUGCCAGGAAAAUAACCUCUCACUCAACAUCAACAAAACAAAGGAGAUGAUCGUGGACAUCAGGAAACAGCAGAGGGUGCACCCCCCUAUCCACAUCGACAGGACUGCAGUGGAGAAGGUGGAAAGCUUCGUUUCUUGGCGUACACAUCACUGACAAACUGAAAUGGUCCACCCACGCAGACAGUGUGGUGAAGAAGGAGCAACAGAGCCUCAACCUCAGGAGGCUGAAGAAAUUCGGCUUGGCACCUAAAACCCUCACAAACUUUUACAGAUGCACAAUUGAGAGCAUCCUGUUGGGCUGUAUCACCGCCUGGUACAGCAACUGCACCGCCCGCAACCGCAGGGCUCUCCAGAGGGUAGUGCGGUCUGCCGAACGCAUUACCGGGGCCAAACUAACCGCCCUCCAGGACACCUACAGCACCCGAUUUCACAGGAAGACCAAAACGAUCAUCAAGGACAUCAACCACCCGAGCCACUGCCUGUUCACCCCGCUAUCAUCCAGAAGGCGAGGUCAGUACAGGUGCAUCAAAGCUGGGACCGAGAGACUGAAAAACAGCUUCUAUCUCAAGGCCAUCAGACUGUUAAAUAGCCAUCACUAGCACAUUAGAGGCUGAUGCUGCCUAUAGAAAUCACUGGCCACUUCAAGAAAUGAACACUAUUCUUUUUAUUUUAGUCAUUUUAGCAGACGCUCUUAUCCGGAGCGACUUACAGUUAGUGAGUGCAUACAUUUUCACUAGUCACUUUAAUAAUGUUUACAUAUCUUGCAUUACUCAUCUCAUAUGUAUAUACUGUAUUCUAUAAUAUUCUACUGUAUCUCAGUCCAUGCCGCUCUGUCAUUGCUCUUCCAUAUAUGUAUAUACAGUUGAAGUCGGAAGUUUACAUACACUUAAAUUGGAGUCAUUAAAACUUGUUUUUAACCACUCCACAAAUUUCUUGUUAACAAACUAUAGUUUUGGCAAGUCGGUUAGGACAUCUACUUUGUGCAUGACACAAGUAAUUUUUCCAACAAUUGUUUACAGACAGAUUAUUUGACUUAUAAUUCACUGUAUCACAAUUCCAGUGGGUCAGAAGUUUACAUACACCAAGUUGACGGUGCCUUUAAACAGCUUGGAAAAUUCCAGAAAAUGAUGUCAUAGCUUUAGAAGCUUCUGAUAGGCUAAUUGUCAUAAUUUGAGUCAAUUGGAGGUGUACCUGUCGAUGUAUUUCAAGGCCUACCUUCAAACUCAGUGCCUCUUAGCUUGACAUCAUGGGAAAAUCUAAAGAAAUCAGCCAAGACCUCAGAUAAAAGAUUGUAGACCUCCACAAGUCCUUGGGAGCAAUUUCCAAACGCCUGAAGGUACCACGUUCAUCUGUACAAACAAUAGUACGCAAGUAUAAACACCAUGGGACCACGCAGCCGUCGUACUGCUCAGGAAGGAGACUCGUUCUGUCUCUGAGAGAUUAACGUACUUUGGUGCGAAAAGUGCAAAUCAAUCCCAGAACAAAAGCAAAGGACCUUGUGAAGAUGCUGGAGGAAACAGGUACAAAAGUAUCUAUAUCCACAGUAAAACGAGUCCAAAUCGACAUAACCUGAAAGGUCGCUCAGCAAGGAAGAAGCCACUACUCCAAAACUGCCAUAAAAAAGCCAGACUACGGUUUGCAACUGCACAUGGGGACAAAGAUCGUACUUUUGGAGAAAUGUCCUCUGGUCUGAUGAAACAAAAAUAGAACUGUUUGGCCAUAAUGACCAUCGUUAUGUUUGGAGGAAAAUGGGGGUCUUGCAAGCCCAAGAACACCAUCCCAACCGUGUAGCACGGGGUGGCAGCAUCAUGCUGUGGGGGUGCUUUGCUGCAGGAGGGACUGGUGCACUUCACAAAAUAGAUGAUGGCAUCAUGAGGAAGGAAAAUUAUGUGGAUAUAUUGAAGCAACAUCUCAAGACAUCAGUCAGGAAGUUAAAGCUUGGUCACAAAUGGGUCUUCCAAAUGGACAAUGACCCCAAGCAUACUUCCAAAGUUGUGGCAAAAUGGCUUAAGGACAACAAAGUCAAGGUAUUGGAAUGGCCAUCACAAAGCCCUGACCUCAAUCCUAUAGAACAUUUGUGGGCAGAACUGAAAAAGCGUGUGUGAGCAAGGAGUCCUACAAACCUGAUUCAGUUACACCAGCUCUGUCAGGAUGAAUGGGCCAAAAUUCACCCAACUUAUUGUGGGAAGCUUGUGGAAGGCUACCCAAAACGUUUGACCCAAGUUAAACAAUUUAAAGGCAAUGCUACCAAAUACUAAUUGAGUGUAUGUAAACUUCUGACCCACUGGGAAUGUAAUGAAAGAAAUAAAAGCUGAAAUAAAUCAUUCUCUCUACUAUUAUUCUGACAUUUCACAUUCUUAAAAUAAAGUGGUGAUCCUAACUGACUUAAGACAGGGACUUGUUGCUAGGAUUAAAUGUCACGAAUUGUGAAAAACUGAGUUUAAAUGUAUUUGGCUAAGGUGUAUGUAAACUUCCGACUUCAACUGUAUGUACAGUGGGGAUAACAAGUAUUUGAUACACUGCCGAUUUUGCAGGUUUUCCUACUUACAAAGCAUGUAGAGGUCUGUAAUUUUUUAUCAUAGGUACACUUCAACUGUGAGAGACGGAAUCUAAAACAAAAAUCCAGAAAAUCACAUUGUAUGAUUUUUAAGUAAUGAAUUAGCAUUUUAUUACAUUACAUAAGUAUUUGAUAUAUCAGAAAAGCAGAACUUAAUAUUUGGUACAGAAACCUUUGUUUGCAAUUACAGAGAUCAUACGUUUCCUGUAGGUCUUGACCAGGUUUGCACACACUGCAGCAGGGAUUUUGGCCCACUCCUCCAUACAGACCUUCUCCAGAUCCUUCAGGUUUCGGGGCUGUCGCUGGGCAAUACGGACUUUCAGCUCCCUCCAAAGAUUUUCUAUUGGGUUCAGGUCUGGAGACUGGCUAGGCCACUCCAGGACCUUGAGAUGCUUCUUACGGAGCCACUCCUUAGUUGCCCUGGCUGUGUGUUUCGGGUCGUUGUCAUGCUGGAAGACCCAGCCACGACCCAUCUUCAAUGCUCUUACUAAGGGAAGGAGGUUGUUGGCCAAGAUCUCGCGAUACAUGGCCCCAUCCAUCCUCCCCUCAAUAUGGUGCAGUCGUCCUGUUCCCUUUGCAGAAAAGCAUCCCCAAAGAAUGAUGUUUCCACCUCCAUGCUUCACGGUUGGGAUGGUGUUCUUGGGGUUGUACUCAUCCUUCUUCUUCCUCCAAACACGGCGAGUGGAGUUUAGACCAAAAAGCUCUAUUUUUGUCUCAUCAGACCACACAACCUACUUCCAUUCCUCCUCUGGAUCAUCCAGAUGGUCAUUGGCAAACUUCAGACGGGCCUGGACAUGCGCUGGCUUGAGCAGGGGGACCUUGCGUGCGCUGCAGGAUUUUAAUCCAUGACGGCGUAGUGUGUUACUAAUGGUUUUCUUUGAGACUGUGGUCCCAGCUCUCUUCAGGUCAUUGACCAGGUCCUGCCGUGUAGUUCUGGGCUGAUCCCUCACCUUCCUCAUGAUAAUUGAUGCCCCACGAGGUGAGAUCUUGCAUGGAGCCCCAGACCGAGGGUGAUUGACCGUCAUCUUGAACUUCUUCCAUUUUCUAAUAAUUGCGCCAACAGUUGUUGCCUUCUCACCAAGCUGCUUGCCUAUUGUCCUGUAGCCCAUCCCAGCCUUGUGCAGGUCUACAAUUUUAUCCCUGAUUUCCUUACACAGCUCUCUGGUCUUGGCCAUUGUGGAGAGGUUGGAGUCUGUUUGAGUGUGUGGACAGGUGUCUUUUAUACAGGUAACGAGUUCAAACAGGUGCAGUUAAUACAGGUAAUGAGUGGAGAACAGGAGGGCUUCUUAAAGAAAAACUAACAGGUCUGUGAGAGCCGGAAUUCUUACUGGUUGGUAGGUGAUCAAAUACUUAUGUCAUGCAAUAAAAUGCAAAUGAAUUAUUUAAAAAUCAUACAAUGUGAUUUUCUGGAUUUUUGUUUUAGAUUCCGUCUCUCACAGUUGAAGUGUACCUAUGAUAAAAAAUUACAGACCUCUACAUGCUUUGUAAGUAGGAAAACCUGCAAAAUCGGCAGUGUAUCAAAUACUUGUUCUCCCCACUGUAUAUAUGUGUGUGUGUGUGUGUAUGUAUGUAUAUAUAUAUAUAUAUAUAUAUAACACACACACACACACACAGUGCCUUCGGAAAGUAUUCAGACCCCUUGACUUUUUCCACAUUUUGUUGAGUUACAGCCUUGUUCUAAAAUGGAUUAAAUUAGAUUUUUUCCCUCAUCAAUCCACACACAAUACCCCAUAAUGACAAAGCGAAAACAGGUUUUUAGAAAUGUUUGCAAAUGUAUUUUUAAAAAAUAUACCUUAUUCACAUAAGUAUUACAUUUUUUUAUAUCAGGUGCAUCCUGUUUUCAUCCUUGAGAUGUUUCUACAACUUCGUUGGUGUUGACCUGUGGUAAAUUCAAUUGAUUGGAAAUGAUUUCGAAAGGCACACACCUGUCUAUAUAAGGUCCCACAGUUGACAGUGCAUGUCAGAGCAAAAACCACGCCAUGAGGUCGAAGGAAUUGUCUGUAGAGCUCCUAGACAGGAUUGUUUCGAGGCACAGAUCUGGGGAAGGGUACUAAAAAAUGUCUUCAGCAUUGAAGGUCCCCAAGAACACAGUGGUCUCAUCAUUCUUAAAUGGAAGAAGUUUGGAACCACCAAGACUCAUCCUAGAGCUGGCCUCCCGGCCAAACUGAGCAAUCGGCGGAGAAGGGCCUUGGUCAGGGAGGUGACCAAGAACCCAAUGGUCACUCUGAUAGAGCUCCAGAGUUCCUCUGUGGAGAUGGGAGAACCUUCCAGAAGGAUAACCAUCUCUGCAGAACUCAACCAAUCAGGCCUUUAUGGUAGAGUGGCCAGACGGAAGCCACUUGUCAGUAAAAGGCACAUGACAGCCUGCUAGGAGUUUGCCAAAAGGCACCUACUUGCAGACCAUGAGAAACAAGAUUCUCUGGUCUGAUGAAACCAAGAUUUAAUUUUUUGUCCUGAAUGCCAAGCGUCACAUCUGGAGGAAACCUGGCACCAUCCCUACUGUGAAGCAUGGUGGUGGCAGCAUCAUCCUGUGGGGAUGUUUUUCAGCAGCAGGGACUGGGAGACUAGUCAGGAUCGAAGGAAAGAUUAACGGAGCAAAGUACCGAGAGAUCCUUGAUAAAAACCUGUUCCAGAGUGCUCAGGACCUGACUGGGGCGAAGGUUCAACUUCCAACAGGACAACGACCCUAAGCACACAGCCAAGACAAUGCAGGAGUGGCUUCGGACAAGUACAGGUGUGCCAAGUUUGUAGCGUCAUACCCAAGAAGGCUUGAGGCUGUAAUUACAUUUACAUUUUAGUCAUUUAGCAGACGCUCUUAUCCAGAGCGACUUACAGUUAGUGAGUGCAUACAUUAUUAUUAUUUUAUUUUAAAUUUUUUCAUACUGGCCCCCCGUGGGAAUCAAACCCACAACCCUGGCGUUGCAAAUGCCAUGCUCUACCAACUGAGCUACAUCCCUGCCGGCCAUUCCCUCCCCUACCCUGGACGACGCUGGGCCAAUUGUGCGCCGCCCCAUGGGUCUCCCGGUCACGGCCAGCUACGACAGAGCCUGGAUCUCUGCCAAAGGUGCUUGAACAAAGUAUUGAGUAAAGGGUCUUAAUACUUAUGUAAAUGUGAUAUUUCAGUUUUGUUAUUUUUUGAGUACAUUUGCAAACAUUUCUAAAAACAUUCUGGUUUUGGCGGAUGCCAGGAGAACGCUACCUGCCCGAAUGCAUCGUGCCGACUGUAAAGUUUGGUGGAGGAGGGAUAAUGGUCUGGGGCUGUUUUUCAUUGUUCGAGCUAGGCCCUUUAUUUACGAUGAAGGGAAAUCUUAACGCUACAGCAUACAAUGACAUUCUAGACGAUUCUGUGCUUCCAACUUUGUGGCACACACACACAAGGUCUAUGGUGAAUACACACAUGUGUGCAUGCGCGCAUACACACGCACACAUCAGUGCCAGCCAUUGACCUUUUGAUGUCUGAGUCUUUCAGUGAUUCCCUUAAUCACCAAUGUCACUGAUGGCUCUAUUGGUAAUCCACUGGAGCAUGGCCUCUGUGUGAGAGCUGUAUCCCUCAGUGCUCUGCAUCACCCUGGCAUUGUGGCACUGCCAACCCUUGACUCAUGGGCGUCUUUGGGUCAUUGAUUUCCAUUCAUUUAGCCGUGCCAGGUUGUAAGUGAAUGUCAGCAUUUUAUUAAUAAUGUGAUUUGAUAUAUUAUUGUGUGUAUGAAUGGAACACUCCCUCUUUGUCUCAUGGAAUUUUCAAGCCUCUACUAACCUCUGAGGUCCACACACGUGCCAAAACCUUAGCCUACGUAUGCCAUCUGGGUGUCCGACUAUGCCAGCUGCUUAUUGGUUUCGCAGUCCCUUUGAUUUUUCAUUGAGUGAAUAGUAAGUGAAUUGUGUUCAUCAUUGAAGCAUGAUGUUCUGUUAAAAUGUGUUCCCUGUGAUAAAGAGUGUCCUUGUUUCCCAUUGGAGCCCCACAGUGGGAGAGAGGAGAGGUAGUGAAUUACAUUGUGUGCUGUGAGAGCUCUGUCCUAAUAAAGCCUGUGAUUAUGUCACGAUCACUAUGACCAUCAUGCAGCAUCGUUCGUUACCGUUACUCAGUUACACAAACUCAGCCAACUUUUACAAAAGGAUGAAAAUAUAUCAAUUUUACAAAAGGCAGGGCCCUCAGUUUUUCCUAACAAUGUGACCUGACCAAGAAAAAGUUAUUGCUUAUAACAAGGGCCCAGAGUUUUUGCCGAUCUGUUCACAUGGUCAGGAAAAACUGAUCCUGUGAUGUUUUGUUACGUUUCCAUUUCUGUUCAUGUUGUUUUAAGUGUUGUUUCAGUGAUCUAAAACUCCUCAUCCCCCUCUCUCCCUCCCCAGCCACGCGUCCUCCUGGUGGCUGUCACACGGAUGAGUUCCAGUGUCGUAUGGACGGCCUGUGCAUCCCCAUGCGCUGGCGCUGCGACGGGGACACAGACUGCAUGGACCUGAGCGACGAGAAGAACUGCGAAGGCGUCACACACAUGUGUGACCCCGCCGUCAAGUUUGGUUGCAGGGACUCUGGUGAGGAGGAUGGGGAUGUUUGUGUCACAGCAAUAAAGAGGAAAUUAGGGGAGUCUAAAUGAGAGGGGAGAGAAUGGAUGACUGGGUUAUUUGCUGGUUGUAAAACAUAACUGUAACAGUAUUGAAAUGGGUAGCUUAGCAUUAUCUGGUGGAGAUGAAGGACUGGAUUUGGUUUUAGCUGCUGUGAAAAACUGUUGGGCAUAUUUGUUGUUGUUAUGGACAGUAUCUGCCUGUAAGGUCAGACUUCUGACCUUUCCCCUAUGACCUGUCCCCAGCCCGCUGUAUCAGUAAGGCCUGGGUGUGCGACGGGGACAGUGAUUGUGAGGACAACUCUGAUGAAGACAACUGUGAGGCGUUGGUGUGUAAGCUCUCCCACCAUGUGUGUGCCAACGACUCCACCAUCUGUCUGCCUGCUGAGAAGCUGUGUGACAGCACUGACGACUGCCCCGACGGCUCGGAUGAGAAACUAUGUGGUAAGACCUGCUGCUAUUAAAAACAACAUUACCCAGGGUGCACUGCAAGAUAGAACAAGGAUCCCACUGCUGACACCAAUGAGCCAGAGAAAAACCUUGAGCUGUCAUGAAUGUUUAUGAUACCGGAUGUGUCAUUAUUAUGACAGAGAGCUCAAGAACUGUGUUAUCCCAUUUGUUUUAGUUCAGUGUCACCUCUCUGCUUAACACCCAUCUCUCUUUUUCCCCUUUUCCCUGCAGACCUGUGCUCACUGGAUAACGGGGACUGCAGCCAUAACUGUACGGUAGCCCCCGGUGAGGGCGUGGUGUGUUCCUGCCCCCUGGGCAUGGAGUUGGGCUCCGACAACAAGACCUGUCAGAUCCAGAGCUUCUGUGCCAAACACCUGAAGUGCAGCCAGCGCUGUGAACAGGACAAGUUCAGUGUCAAGUGUUCCUGCUACGAGGGCUGGGAACUGGAGCCUGACCAGGAGAACUGCAAGAGCACUGGUGAGGAGGGUGGGAUGGAGGGGGCUAGAGGUUGUUGAAAUGAGGAUGACAAGAGAGCUGAAGGGAAGACUAGGGAUUUAAGAACUGAAGGAGGAGAGAGAGGAAGGUUUGAGAGGGAGAGAAGAAAAGGGAAAAGGAGAGAUGAGGAUGUUUGGGGCAGAUUGGGGGGCUUGUAGCUGUGAGAGAUGGAUGGAGAGAAUUGAAUGGGGAGAAGAAAGAAGAGGGUAAGGAAAGUUGGGGAACUUCUAUUUGCGGAAAAUGGGCAUUGAGAGCAAGAGGGGGAGAGAUAAGAAAUGACAAGAAGUGGGGGGGAUAGGGAAAACUAUCAAUGUAAUGGAAGAACACUGUUACGCACAUUCAUAUGGAAGGCUGUUUCAUAUCAUUCAGCCGUGCACCCACAGCUACAGUCAGAAGAGUUAAAACAAACACUGUCUGUCGGCCAGAGAUGACUCUCCUCCAUUUAAUACAUUUACAUUACAUUUGAGUCAUUUAUACAGAGCAGACAGUAGUGAGUGCAUACUUUUUCAUUCUACAUACAGGCUUUCAAUUACCAUGGAUUAGACACGGUUUCUAUUCUAACUACGUUCCUCUUUCAUUUAGCCACAACACUGUCUGUGUGCGUCACACUACCAUGGUUGCAUUCAGGUUCCAUGUGACCUACUACUGUAUUAACUGUAAGAGGUAGCCUACAGUAGUGUUUAGUUAUUGGAAGAUGGAGGAAUUCAUGGCUAGGCAAACUGAAAGUUUGCUUGUUAAAUCUGUUCAAUUAAAUCUUACCCAAAACCCUUAUGAAGCCUUGGGGGAAACGUUUCUCAAUUUACACUACAGCCUUUUCUUUCCUUUAAAACUAUAUUACCCAGGGUGCACUGUGCGCAAAGUAGAUUUUAUUUUAUUUAACUUUUAUUUAACUAGGCUAGUCAGUUAAGAUCAAACUCUUAUUUACAAUGACGGCCUACCAAAAGGCAAAAGGCCUCCUGCGGGGACGGGGGCUGGGAUAAAAAAAGUAUAUAUAUAUAUAUGACAAAACACACAUCACGACAAGAGACACCACAACACUACAUAAAGAGAGACCUAAGACAACAACAUAACAUGGCAGCAACACAUGACAACACAACAUGGCAGCAACACAACAUGGCAGCAGCACAUGGUAGCAGCACAAAACAUGAUACAAACAUUAUUCGGCACAGACAACAGCACAAAGGCAAGAAGGUAGAGACGACAAUUCAUCACGCGAAUCAGCCACAACUGUCAGUAAGAGCGUCCAUGGUUGAGUCUUUGAAUGAAGAGAUGGAGAUAAAACUGUCCAGUUUGAGUGUUUUUUGCAGCUCGUUCCUGUCGCUAGCUGCAGCAAACUGAAAAGAGGAGUGACCCAGGGAUGUGUGUUCUUUGGGGACCUUUAACAGAAUGUGACUGGCAGAACGGGUGUUGUAUGUGGAGGAUGAGGGCUGCAGUAGGUAUCUCAGAUAGGGGGGAGUGAGGCCUAAGAGAGUUUUUAUAAAUAAGCAUCAACCAGUGGGUCUUGCGAUGGUAUACAGAGAUGACCAGUUUACAGAGUAAACAGAGUAUAGAGUGCAGUGAUGUGUCCUAUAAGGAGCAUUGGUGGCAAAUCUGAUGGCCGAACAGUAGAGAACAUCUAGCCGCUCGAGAGCACCCUUACCUGCCAAUUUAUAAAUUAUGUCUCCGUAAUCUAGCAUGGGUAGGAUGGUCAUCUGAUUCAGGGUUAGUUUGGCAGCUGGGGUGAAAUAGGAGCUAUUACGAUGGAGGAAACCAAGUCUAGAUUUAACCUUAGCCUGCAGCUUUGAUAUGUGCUGAGAGAAGGACAUUGUACCGUCUAGCCAUACUCCCAAGUACAUGUAUGAGGUGACUACCUCGAGCUCUAAACCCUCUAGUAAUCACACCGGUGGGGAGAGGAGAAUUCGUCUUACCAAACCACAUUACCUUUGUUUUGGAGGUGUUCAGAACAAGGUUAAGGGCAGGGAAAGCUUGUUGGACACUAAGAAAGCUUUGUUGUAGAGCGUUUAACACAAAAUCCAGGGAGGGGCCAGCUGAGUGUAAGACUGUAUCAUCUGCAUAUAAAUGGAUGAGAGCGCUUCCUACUGCCUGAGCUAUGUUAUUGAUGUAAAUUAAGAAGAGCGUGGGGCCUAGGAUCAAGCCUUUGGGUACUUCCUUGGUGACAGGCAGUGGCUGAGACAGCAGAUGUUCUGACUUUAUACACUGCACUCUUUGAGAGAGGUAGUUAGCAAACCAGGCCAAAGACCCCUCAGAGACACCAAUACUCCUUAGCCGGUCCACAAGAAUGAAAUGGUCUACCUUAUCAAAAGCUUUGACCAAGUCAAUAAAUAUAGCAGCACAACAUUGCUUACAAUCAAGGGCAAUGGUGACAUCAUUUAGGACCUUUUUAAGGUUGCAGUGACACAUCCAUAACCUGAGCGGAAACCAGAUUGCAUACCAGAGAGAAAUACUAUAGACAUCAAGAAAGCCAGUCAGUUGAUUAUUGACAAGUUUUUCCAACACUUUUGAUAAACAGGGCAAAAUAGAAAUUGGCCUAUAACAGUUAGGAUCAGCUUGAUCUACCCCUUUAAAUAAAGGACACACCGUGUUUGCCUUCCAAGCAAUGGGAACCUCCCCAGAGAGGAGAGACAGAUUUUAAAAAAUGUCAGAGAUAGGCUUGGUGAUGAUGGGGGCUGCAACCUUAAAGAAGAAAGGAUCUAAACCAUCUGACCCAGAUGUUUUUUGGGGGUCAAGUUUAAGGAGCUCCUUUAGCACCUCAGACUCAGUUACUGCCUGCAGGGAGAAACUUUGUAGCGGGGCAGGUGAGGAGGAGGGUUUAUUCUCCAGGUCUUUCACCAUUUUCCAGAACUUCUUGAGUUAGACCCACAGAGAGAGAACUUCUCCUUAAAGUAACUAACUUUGGCCUUCCGGAUAGCCUGAGUGCACUUAUUUCUCAUUUGCCUGAACGAGAGCCAGUCAGCCUGAGUAUGCGAGUGCUGAGCCUUUCGCCAAAUGGAAUUCUUGAGGUGGAGUAACUCUGCCAGAUCACGGUCGAACCAGGGGCUGAACCUGCUUUUAAUUCUCUUUUUCUUUAUGGGGGCGUUUGUUAACAAUACCACUGAAAAUAUCAAAAAGGAAUGUCCAAUCGUCUUCGACAGAGGGGAUCAAGCUGAUUCUAUACCAAUUUACAGAGGCCAGGUCAUGAAGGAAGGCUUGCUCAUUAAAGUUUUUUAGCAAGCGUCUAUGACAAAUCAGGACAGGUCGUUUCACUGAGCAGCCAUUACGAACACAGGCUGUGAAACAGUGAUCACUAAGGUCAUUACAGAAAACACCAGACUGAUACCUAUCGGGAUUAUUUUUGAGGAUAACAUCAAGGAGAGUAGCCUUUUCUGGGUGUUUGGAGUCAUACCUUGUGGGAUUGGUAAAAAUCUGAGAAAGAUUUAGUGAGUCCCAUUGCUUUAGGACUUGGUCAGGUGGUUUAAGUAUGUCCCAGUUUAGGUCACCUAGCAGGACAAAUUCAGACAUAGUGUAAGGGGCCAGGAGAGAGCUUAGGGCAGAUAGGGUACAGGCCGGUGCUGAUGGUGGACGAUAACACCCAGCAACAGUCAACUAAGAGCUAUUUGAAAGUUUAAUGCUUAAAACCAGCAAAUACAAUUGUUUGGGGACAGACUUGGUGGAGACAACCGAGCACUGAAGGUGUUCCUUGGUAAAGAUUGGAAGAUAUGUCUUGUCGAAAAAGAUUCUAACCAGAAAGGUUAACAUUAGUGUUCAAAACACUCUUUCUUAACCACGUCUCAGUAAUGACCAACACAUCUGGAUUGGAGCUGUGAACCCACACUUUCAAUUGAUCCAUUUUAGGUAAUAAGCUUCUAGUGUUAACGUGCAGAAAACCCAGGCUUUUACAAGAGCAGAAAUCAGUGAAACCGAUAUCAGAGCACAAGUCAGAAUUGGGGCUAGCAACAGUAUAUGGGCCAGGAUGUACAUGCACAUUUCCAGAUAUCAUCAGCAGUAAUACAAUCAGGGCACGGCAGAGGACAGGGAGAGCUCUGCAGUGUGGAUUUUUUAUGACAUUUGAAUGUACAUCAGAUGGCAAUAUGGAUCAUAUUGUACAGCAAUUUCAUCAGGUAACAUGAAUACAAAGCCGGCGAGAGGUGGUUAGGAUAGGAUGGGAGGACAAGAGUCAGUGUAACCAAUAGAGAUUCAGAGUCCCAAGUGUGGGAACAAACAGUCUGUCCCACGGUUGGGUAAACAAGCAAGUUCAUAGUCAACAAAGCACGCAGGAGUCAUGAGGCAAAUAGCAUAAAGCACAAGAAAGCACAAGGUACAGGGAUCCCAACGCUGCCACCAACAGACACCAGUACAUCACCAUGAUCAUGUGAUCUCCUGUCUUCUCCUCAGAUCCCUUCAAGCCCUUCAUCAUCUUCUCCAACCGCCAUGAGAUCCGUCGGAUCGACCUGAACAAGGGGGAGUUCAGUGUGCUGGUGCCUGGCCUGAGGAACACCAUCGCCCUGGACUUCCACCUUGCAGAGAAUGCCCUCUACUGGACCGACGUGGUGGAGGACAAGAUCUACCGCGGCAAACUGUCUGAGAACGGAGGUGAGUCUCUUCUUCUUCACUUUUCAGCUCUAGUUUGUUUAUAAGCUGUGAGAACAACAGCACAGUUCUUUGUCUUUGGUGGAGUACACCAGCUUCCAUGACUCAUUUCCCAAUUGCCUUCACAGUGGGGAAUGCUGGGAAUUGUAGUUGUACUAUUGUGCAGCCUGCAGGUCUACAGCUCCUGAGGGGAAGUUGCUAGUAAAAACAAAGCAGAUGGUCCAGCUCCACGCCGAAAGGGAAAACUAAUCAAUCAAAACCACACUGUCACCUUCCAAACAGGCGAAGCCAAUCAAAACUAAACAGCUACCUUCAAAAAGGCAAAGCCAAUCAAUCAAAGGCAAUCUAUAGAGCAGACGAGGCCCUCCUAUUACAGUAGGGAGGCAUAAUGAGUGUGUGUGUGUGUGUGGUGUGUGCGUGCGUGCGUGCUCCAAUCAGAAUCAUGACUAGUCUCAGAUGAUUAGACCGUUCUCUUUGAUUAGGGACCUGGAAUGGAAAAAUUAAUGGGUGAGAGAGGGUGAUGAAAAUAAGUGUUACUUCUGCUCUCUUAUUUUAUUUGCUCUGGCGCCUCAUGUCGUGUUGUUUGCUCAGGCCCAAACAGGAGUAGGAUGCAUCCUGUCAGUAGUAGGGAGAGUUGUGGCUUUGUAAGUGGCAUCAUUAGAUAUGCUGGGGCUGCAUUGGCAUUACAAACAGUCACUGUGUGUGAUUGAUGUUCAUGGAACUGGUAAGACAUGGGGCCGGUAAGACACACUGACAACUUUAAUGACUAGAGUUGAAUAGGUCUACAGUAAGGUUACAGUAAGGGGGAAUGACACAGCAAAGCUUCACAAUCAAAUUAACCACACUGUUCUCUCUUCCUCACUCUCUCUCUUCCUCUCCCCCCCAGCUGUGACCAGUUUUGACGUGGUGAUACAGUAUGGUCUGGCCACUCCUGAGGGUCUUGCGGUGGACUGGAUAGCAGGGAACAUCUACUGGGUGGAGAGUAACCUGGACCAGAUAGAGGUGGCCAAGCUGGAUGGCACCAUGAGAACCACCCUGCUGGCUGGGGAGGUGGAGCACCCCAGAGCCAUCGCCCUGGACCCCCGCUAUGGGUGAGAACCAGCACACUGCUGUGAAUGGGUUGGCCUGGUCCCAGAUCUGUUGGUGCUGUGUUGCUAACUCCUAUGUUGACAAUGACCAUAGGAGUUGGAAAGGCAGCACAAACCCAUCUGGGACCAGGCUAGGAAUGAGCUAAAACAUGGCUUAACACAGGGUCUUGACUUGAGUCAUUGGUUUUGUGUGUCCCCCCCCCCUUAUCUCUGUAGGAUCCUGUUCUGGACGGACUGGGAUGCCAGUAUGCCAAGGAUCGAGGCAGCAUCUAUGAGUGGGGAGGGGAGGAGAACCAUCCAUAAGGAGACUGGCAACGGGGGCUGGCCCAACGGGCUCACUGUAGACUACCUAGAACUACGCAUCCUGUGGAUCGAUGCCAGGUCAGAGAGAACACACACUGUACACACACCAUACAUAUGCAAGCUGUCAUAAAUCACUGUAUUGUGUUGUCUUCCAUCCGUCCUCCAGGUCAGAUGCUAUUUACUCAGCCAAAUACGAUGGUUCCGGCCUGAUCGAGGUGCUGAGGGGACACGAAUACCUGUCGCACCCAUUUGCAGUCACUAUGUACGGGGGAGAGGUUUACUGGACGGACUGGAGGACCAACACACUGGCCAAGGCCAAUAAGUGGACCGGCAACAACGUAACCGUGGUCCAGAGAACCAACACACAACCUUUUGACCUGCAGGUCUACCAUCCCUCCAGACAGCCUCAGGGUAGGACACACACAUGCCUGGUAACACACAUGCAUGAUGUUUAAAAGAGGUUAGCUACUUUGCUUUAGGACACCACAGUAUUACUUACCUUGAAUGACCUUGUAGGUAAAUGAGUCUUGCCCAUAAGGCCGCACUGCUGCCACUGCUCUCUAGAGAGAGACCAGAGUCAGAGUGGCCAUUUGAGUGACAGCUUCUCUGUCCAUCUGUCAUUCAGGAGAGUAGUGGCAUCUGGCCUCCCCUGUCACAACCUCUCCCCUCAAAAUGGCCACGCUCAGAAAACCAUCCAUUUAUGGAUGAGACAGAUAGGCCUGUGGUAAGAGCUGUUUUAUAUGCACAUACUGAAUGACUGGAAUUUCCCUCUCCUCUCGCCGCCUCGCUUAUCCUUUCUUCACUUUUUCCCUCUUUCUCCUCGUCUCUCGCUUUCCAUUUGCUCGUGCUCUCUCUUAUCGCGCCUCUACCUAUUCCUUUCCCCCUCUCAUUCACACUCCCUAUCCUUCUCCCAUUUCUUUCUGUACCACCCUCCAUUUUCCUUGUGCUUACUCUUUACCUCUUUCUCUCUUUAUCACUCUCUUUCCCCUGCUCUCUCUGUCUCCACAGCUCCUAACCCGUGUGCAGCUAAUGAUGGGAUGGGUCCCUGUUCUCACCUGUGUCUCAUCAACUACAACCAGACCUUCUCCUGUGCCUGCCCUCACCUCAUGAAGCUGGGAGCCGACAAACACACCUGCUACGGUAAACACACCUAGUACUUUAAUUAUACACAUGUACACAUACAUACACACACACAUACAGUACAUACACACAAAACCAAUCACACACCUGCUACAGAAGCAAGGAGACACAAAACUGCUGUUCCUCCUCCCCUGAGCUGGCAGAUUGUCUCCUCCUCUGUGCUUGGCUUGGCAGAGAGAUGGAGUUGUUGAUAGUGGCACAGUGGGGAUUCAUAUAAUCUGUCUGUGCUUCAGUGUGUGUGAUUCAGUGUUAGUGAGCAUGAUCGCGAGACUGUACAACAGGAACUGUGUGUGUGUGUGUGUGUAUGAUAAUGAUGAUGAUGAUGAUGAUGAUUCAGAGACACAUUUCUGUUCCAGUACCCAUGUACAGAGGUUUAUUCUCACUGCAGGGUCUCCAUAGGGAACACACACAUCCACCAGAAACAUCCCUCAUGAGUGGGAUCACUCUCCUGAAUACCCCCAGCCAUGGCUUUGUGUCACAGUUCAUACACACACACACACACACAGGAUUAUCUCCUGGAGUCUGUCACUUAAGACAGUUUGAGGAGUUUAAGCCUUGUCUCUAAACUGAAGGGUGUGUGUGCAUACGUGCGCGCGUCAAACUGUGUGUGUGUUUAGUAUUCAGGGGAGCAGUUUCUAUUAUCUGCGGUGUAAUGGAGGCCCACUCUGUUUAAUGCAGGCAUCAGCCACAACUUUGUCGUUCACAACCUAGAGCACAACACACACGCCUGGGCUAUCUGAUCUAGACAUGCUGAGACGAGUCAUUACUGCACCUCUAUACAAACACACACAUAUGGUAUACACACAUGGGAAUGCCACAGUGCAGACUAAUGUAGAUACCAUGCAUCAACGCUGACUGAACUCAUUUAGAACACAAUCAUGGCUCUGCCAUUUAGUCAGCCUGCCAAGUACAAUCAGUUAACACACACACACACCUGACUCCUGACCAAUGUUCCUGCUUAGCUGCGUGCGUUACUGCCGCACAGAACAAAUAUCAGCCACGCAGAGAAGCAUGAGCUUGAACUUAAUGCAACUUUCUAGAGUUUUUCCCGAUAGUUAACACUGUCAACGUUUCCCUUUACUGUUGGAGUUGUGAUCGAAUCAAUGCAAUAUUAGCCACUUUCAGUGCAACAUACCGAAACAAAACCCACUAUGCAAGACUUUGUUUUGCAUACUAUGCAAGAGAUGUUAUUGUAGUCAGAACGCAUUGGAGUAGGAUUCUAUUACAUUGACAGGCACGACUCAGAGCUGCAGUAGGCCUAAGUAUAUGCAAAUCAACCAUUGCCAUAUAUGGAUCUGUGCCAUUUACUUUGAAUUAGACUGUUUACAGCAUGAGCGGUUGCGCUUGUUUUGAGAUCAAAGCGAGAGCUGCAUGUAGCCACGUGUGCACAUUUGUUCAUAUCCUUUGCUAAUUAGUGAGUUAUUAGCCCAGUUAUAGACCAUUUGUAGUCAGAAAUGGGGGAGUGAUUGCUUCCUACAAGAGCACAAAACGUGUACAUUUCUAGACAUCUUUGAAAAGUGAGUCAGGUAAAGAGCUUUUUUUUUGUCUUAAAGGGGCAGUGUUGUAUUUUGAGACAGGCUUGAAUAAGCUAAGUAGCCAAUACGCAGAGGGUAACAUAAUUUGUCUGAUUCUCUGUAAUAAUGCUAUGGGAAUAAUGAUGCAUUUUAUUUGUAAAGUGGUUUCUUCCAUCAAACAACACAACAUUUUCAGUCCCUCCUUGUCUGAAGGACAAGUGGAUAAACAGGUUAAUGUCAAGCCCUGCAUGUUUUUUUUCAAAAGUCUCAUGGAAUGUAGGCCUACAUUGACCACCACACAUUGGCUGCUACUAUAUACUGAAUUAUAGAACAACUAUUUCCAUGUUAAAAUGUUAUGGGAUGCAUUUUCUCCAUUGUUUUUGAUGGUAGGCCACUCUAGUAGGUGUACAUGAUGAUCAAAUAGCCACCGUAGCCUACUUGACCGCUGUUAAAACUGUAACUUAAAGCGGGUACAGCCUCAGUGUUCACAGUAAACGCGCGCAGGAAGUUGCACAGAAUUUUCACAAUGUUCAAGUUUGCGCUCAGCAGACAUGAAAUUUGCUCAGUGCCGAAAAUAAUUAGAGGGAACAUUGGUCCUGACUGCUUGUUAUUGUGGGGGAUUGUAUUGAGUGGAUGCGUAAGUGGCAAAGACAUUUCACACACACGCGCACACACACUUGCACACACUCUAUCACAAUUUAACCCUCUACCUUUCCUACAGUAAUUUCCCGCAGUGUAUUCCCAUGCAAUCAGAUAGACCAUCCUCACACACACACACUCCCCUCUCCUCCCUCUCUCUCGCCCCAUCCAGAGUCCCGUCAGUUCCUGCUGUAUACCCGUCAGAUAGAGAUCAGGGGAGUGGACAUAGACAACCCCUACUAUAACUACAUCAUCUCCUUCACGGUGCCAGACAUAGACAACGUGACUGUGGUGGACUAUGAUGCUCUGGAGAACCGUAUCUACUGGUCAGACGUCCGCACUCAAACCAUCAAGAGAGCCUUCAUCAACGGGACUGGAGUGGAGACUGUAGUGUCUGCUGGUAGGGAAUAUACUGUGGGAAUAUCUAACCUACUUAGGUUAAUGAAAUAACUAUAGAAUGAAUGAGUCAAUCAGUCAAACCUUUCAUGUAGGGCUUCUAAUUGGUUAUCAGUAAGGGGUAGUUCACCCAAAUUACAAAGUGACAUAUUGGUGAGUAUCCUUGUCCAAAGAAUAUAUAUUUUGUAAUUUGGAUGAACUAUUCCGUUAAUGAAAUUGCAUAUUUUUGUGUCGUCUCAUGAAUAACUUUGUCUUCCCCAAGACCUGCCCAACGCCCAUGGUCUGGCAGUAGACUGGGUGUCUAGGAACCUGUUCUGGACCAGUUAUGAUGCCAAUAAGAAACAGAUCAAUGUGGCCAGACUGGACGGAUCCUUUAAGAACGCUGUCAUCCAGGGCCUGGAUAAACCCCACUGUCUGGUGCUGCACCCUAUACUGGGGUAGGUAGAACACACACACACACGCACACGCACACGCCCAACACACACACACACACACACACACACACACACACCCCACACCCCAACACACUCACACACAGAGACCAUCUGGCUGUCAGGCAGGCUCCCCACUGCUAGCAGUCUGCCAUGAUAGGCAGGGUAGUUUAGAUGAUGGCUGACCUCUAGCAAAGAGGUCUCCCACUCUAGAUGGGACUCUAAUUCCUCUCUCAUCUUUCCCUUUUCAUCUCUCCCUCUCCCUCUGUCUCUCUCUCUUUCCUCUUUCUCAAAAGAUUGCUGCUGUGCUGAGUGCCAGACACACUGUCACACACUGGCCCCACUCUCGCUCUCUGUGUCUCAAUUUCUCUCUGCCCCUCUCUCUCUUCUCCAUUUUCUUAUCUUACUCUCUCCAUUUCAAUCUUUCCCUCUAACUCUUUUUCCUGAGUCCCUCUCUCUCUUCAUUUCUAUUUCUCUCUCUUACACACUCCCUCUCUCACUUGCUCUCACUCCUUUUCUCUCUCUUUCGCUAUGACUCUGUAUUUCUUUCUCUCUUGCUCCCUUUCUACAUUUACAUUUACAUUUACGUCAUUUAGCAGACGCUCUUAUCCAGAGCGACUUACAGAAGCAAUUAGGGUUAAGUGCCUUGCUCAAGGGCACUUUCUGUCUUUUGGUCUUUAAAGAGACAAUGGCUCAGCAGGCAUACAUCUGCUCCUAAAAUCACUAACAGACAUUGUAUGUGUUUCUCUUUGUGUGUGUGUGCUCUUCUUUGUCGAUGUGCGUUUGUGAGUAUGCGUGGGGCGGACGCACAGGGGAUAUUUUCUUUGAGAAUGCCUCUGCCUUUUUUUGUGUUUUCUGAGAAACCUAUUUAAGCUGAGGAAUGUUUCCGAUCUGGGCUGUGCUGCUUGCAUGGGGGAAACCAGAAGCAGAUGCUGAAGACUUCUCCUCUUUCCUACACACACACACACACACACACACACACACACACACUGCCUAGAAUGAAUCCAGGACAGGAGGGGGUGGGGAAAGGGGGGUAGGGGAGAGACAGACAGACAUGAGAGACUAGGAGGUUUAAAUUGUUUUCAGGAACUGUAUUGAAACGCAUAAUAACUAAGCAAAUGCAGGGUGCGGUGGAAGUGGUUGUUUUUGAGAGGAAGUGGAGGGGGCGGAAGAGGGGGGGUGGUGGGGGUAAUUACCUCCUUGAUUAAAUAGUGAAACUCAUGCUAAAGCAAUCACAAAUACAUAUGAAUUGCCCUAUAUUUUUUAGAUGGGCAUCGCAUCAAGUGUGUUUUUGCGAGCGCGCAUUAGUGUUUCAUAGUAGUCUUUGAAUGCAUAUGUUUCUGCUAAUGUGUUUUGUUUUCAUGAGUCUGUCUGUUUCUGCCCACUUUUGUGUGUAGCGUGCAUAUGCCUCUGACAGAGAGAGUGUGAGAAUUUCCAAUAAAGAAAUGGAGAGAAAGAGAAGCCAUUUAUGGGGCAUUAAAUUGACUACACUAGCCCAGCCCCACUGACAUGUUUUCUGCUUGGCCUAACCCAAUCAACAUCCACCCACCCACACUGUUCUAAACUAGUCUUGACCCUGCAAUAAAAGCAGGCUCCUGUGCUUUAUACCCAAUGAAAGAUGCUGCUAUUAAAACACUGACGUUUUUACAUAGAUUGUAAACUAGCUGUAUAACUACAGACAUUUACAUCUGUCAAGGAGACGUUCAGUAGAUAUACAGUCACCAAAUGUAGGCUAUAGUUAGGCCUAUGCUGUUGAAUGUUUUGCUAGUUUUGCGCAACAAUUUAUUUUCUCGCUAAAAAAUAUGUAUGAUUGUUGUGAUAUGUGUUGCCUAAUUGUGUGUGUGAACUGAAUAAACCACUUUCACACAUUUAAACAUUAUAAUAAUACAGACUAUUAGGUGCUAUCAAGGCUAACAAACGAAAGGUAUUUUUCCAGCAGUGCUUUCAGUAGCAUGAUAUGACAUUUUGUCUCUGUGCUCCAGGAAGCUGUACUGGACCGAUGGAGACAACAUCACCAUGUCCAACACUGAUGGCAGCAACCACAGUGUCCUCUUCACCAAUCAGAAAGGCCCAGUGGGUGAGUGGCUCUGUGAAAAAAAAAAUGUGUGCACUAUAUAGGGAAUAGUUUGCCAUUUGGGGUACAGCCGUAAUUGCCUCUCUCUCCAUCUCUCCUCUGUCUCCAGGUCUGUCCAUAGACUUUGACACAGAGCAGCUGUACUGGAUCAGCUCAGGGAACAGCACCAUCAGCCGCUGUAAGCUGGACGGUUCGGGUCUAGAGGUUCUGGAGGGAGUCAAAGGCAAACUGACCAAGGCCACAGCUCUGGCCAUCAUGGGUACGUAACAUGGCUCCACUCUUACUAGGAUUGUACAUUCUGCCUUCUAGCUGCAUUUCGCUUUCGGUUCUGAAGUGUUUGAAUACUCACCCAUGGCUGCUACAGUAGGUCUCAACUUUUGAUUAUUAGUGUGAUCGGAGUAUGAAAAUGAUGGGUCAUUUUGAUUGGCCCACUUGUGUGAAGAGAUGAAAUUAUGUCAUUUUGUGAUUGGCUCUUGUGUGCUGUAUGUAGGUGAGAAGCUAUGGUGGGCGGACCAGGGGACUGACCAGAUAGGAACCUGUGACAAGAGCGACGGAGGGAACUGGAAGGUCCUGAGAAACAGCACCUCACCCAUGAUGCACAUGAAAAUCUACAACGAGACUGUGCAGAAAGGUGUGUGUGUGUGCGUGCUUGCGUUUGGGCACCAUGGUAGCUACUAGAUUAGAAAUAACCAUUUUAACCUAUGCGUGCAAAUACGUAUUUGUCUUGUUUUUACUCUAUAAACGUAGACAGGUGUUUGUGUGGUGCAGGUUCCUCAGCAUGUGUGUUUAUGUGUUGUGUUUCCAGGCACUAAUCUGUGCAGUAAUAACAAUGGAGACUGUUCCCAGCUGUGCCUGCCCACCUCCCCGACCACACGAGCCUGCAUGUGUACCGCUGGAUACAGCCUCAGGAGUGGACAACAGUCCUGCGAGGGUGAGAUGCACACACACACACAGUGCAUGCAAGGACGGAGGGACACACACACACACACACACACACUGUGAAUACGUUAUUUAUAAUGAUCAAAAAUAUAAACGCAACAUGAAAAGUGUUGGUCCCAUGUUUCAUGAGCUGAAAUAAAAAAUCCUAGACAUUUUCCAUACGCAUACAGUUUAUUUCUCUCAAAUGUUGUACACAAAUGUGUUUACAUCCCUGUUAGUGAACAUUUUUUUUGGGGGGGGGAUUUCUGUCUGUAAUAGGGGACUGACCAGAUAGGAACCUGCGCCCCUGCCCGGUGAUGUGAAAUCCAUAGAUUAGGGCCUAUAUAUAUUUUAAUUGACUGAUUUCCUUAUAUGAACUGUAACUCAGUAAAAAUCUCUGAAAUGUUUGCAUGUUGCGUUUAUAUUUUCAGUGUAGAUCUUUAUUUGGAUAUUUGAAAGGUUUUAGAUGCCUGGUCUUACAGUCAAACAAAACAUUACCUCAGCCAUUAGUCAAUCAAACAAAAGCUACAUAUCACAUUUGGACAUGCUAUAUUUAGCAAAACAGAGAUUAGUAUAAUAUGUUCUCAAAUUCAUUCAUUUGUUUUCAUCUGGAAGGAUACAUGAAUGUGUCUUGUACUGCCACUGAUCGACUCUAAGUGUGUCUUUUUGAGAAUGUUACUACAUACAUUUCUGGCCAAAUGUAUUGGCACCCUUGCACUUUUCUUAAAUAAUUCUCAAUUUCUUCUAAAAUAAUAACCAAAAGUUUAUUUCAAUUUCAACUUAUUUGAGAAGAAAUUGGGAAUUAUUUAAGGAAAGUGCGGAAGGGUGCCAAUAUAUUUGUCCGUAACAGUAUAUCCAAUGCUAAACUUUGGGUAAUGUUUCACUUGGCCUCAGGUGUGGGCUCCUUCCUGCUUUACUCUGUUCAUGAGGGCAUCCGUGGCAUCCCACUGGACCCCUCGGACAAGUCAGAUGCUCUGGUGCCAGUGUCGGGCACCUCCCUGGCCGUGGGCAUAGACUUCCAUGCAGGUAUGGAUACACACACACACAGCCACCUUGGAGAGAGGGGUUUUCACACUAUAUAUAACCAAAGUAGAUCAGUAGUGAGGAAAGAUAUCAUGAAUAUAUGCUGAAUCCAGACAAUAUGGUAGAUUCAUUCCACAUUAACCUGUUAAUGAGUGUGAUAGGUAUAGUAUAUAUACUGUACUGUAAUGUACUUUUGCGAUGACCGUCUCCCCUCCAGACAAUGACACUAUCUACUGGGUGGACAUGGGCCUGAGCACCAUCAGCAGAGCUAAGAGAGACCAGACCUGGAGAGAAGACGUGGUCACUAAUGGUAUAGGCAGAGUGGAGGGCAUCGCUGUGGACUGGAUCGCUGGUAAAGCACACACACACGCGCAUGUACAUACCAACUCGUACUGUACAAACACUCACACAUUCGCACCUAUCACAGACUCACGUGUGACACACUUCACAGCUUUACAGAAGAGAGAUGAGAUUCUCAUUCUGCUCACAUCCUCACCUCUGCAAGGUCAGAGAGGGAGAGGUGGGGAGAGGGAGAUGGAGAGGUGGGGGAGAUGAGAGGUGGGGGAAGAGGAUGGAGAGGUGGGGGAAGAGAGAGAAGGUUGGGAGAGGGUGGGGGGGAGAAGAGGGAGAGGGAGAGGUGGGGGAGGGAGAGUGGGGAGAGAAGGGAGAGGUGGGGGAAAGGGAGGUUGGGGAAGGAGAGCUUUAGGGUUAUUUAAGGUCGUUUUUUUUUGGGAGAGGUGGGUUUUCGUGCGGGGUAGUGGUUGGGCGCGUGACUUCGUUGCGAGUUGUUCGGGGGUGGCGUGCCAGCCCCCCGCUGAGGCGCUUCUCUUGCGCUGGGGAUAGGACGCUUCUCUUUUUGCCCCGAGGUGCGAUAAGGCAGAGGGAAGGGGAAGCUAAAAGAAGAGGAGAAAAAUAAACCAAGAGGAAGAGGGGUAGACCCAGGAGAUGGGAAGAAGCCCAGAGGUGCCUGUAUAGCCCAGGUCACAUGACAGGGGUGUGGACAGAGCGAAGCCUUACUGCAGUAUGUGUAAUGAACACUGCAGUAUUCCAUCAACCCUCUGAGGUUACGCUGGGAAACCCCUUUUACACCCCAACACCAACCCAACAAUAAUGACUGCAUUCUCCAUUAGCUUAGUUGUAUUUAGAUGUAGUGUUAUAUACAGUGGCAAUAUACAUGUAUUUACCCCACAACAUACAGUAACCUUCCGCAGAACUCCUGAAUCAGUUAGACUAUUGUGGUUGAUCCCAUUGAAGCUCUUGUACUGUAAAACAUGUUGAUUGUUUAAAAGACACUGUAGCUAAAGUGUGACAGGUCUGUAUUAUUGUUGUAUUGAGUGUUGGUGCUCUGUCUUGACCCUCCAUAGGGAACAUCUACUGGACUGACCAGGGCUUUGAUGUGAUUGAGGUGGCUAGACUGAAUGGAUCCUUCCGCUACGUGGUCAUCACCCAGGGCCUGGACAAGCCCCGUGCCAUCACUGUCCACCCAGAGAAAGGGUGAGGACAGUGGGGGGAGGGGGUAACCCUAACCUCUAACCUCUGUUAAAUGGAGGGAAAGAGAAUAGUGACCUCUCUCUUACUGUGUAUAUAUUUGUGUGUGUGUGUUUACAGGUAUCUGUUCUGGACAGAGUGGGGUCAGUACCCACGGAUCGAGAGGUCUCGCCUGGACGGUUCUCAGAGAGCUGUACUGGUCAACGUCAGCAUCAGCUGGCCUAAUGGCAUCUCCAUAGACUACCAGGUAUGGUAUAACACACAAACUCUCUCUCUCUCACACACACACACAUAUACAGUGCUAUGAAAAAGUAUUUGCCCCCUUUCUAAUUUUCUCUACUUUUGCAUAUUUGUGAUACUGAAUGUUAUCAGAUCUUCAACCAAAACCUAAUAUUAGAUAAAGGGAACAUAAGUGAACAAAUAACACAACAAUUACAUAUUUAUUUCAUAAACAAAGUCAUGCAACACCCAUUUCCCCUGUGUGAAAAAGUAAUUGCCCCCUUACACUCAAUAACUGGUUGUGCCACCUUUAGCUGCAAUAACUCCAACCAAAUGCUUCCUGUAGUUGUUGAUCAGUCUCUCACAUCGCUGUGGAGGAAUUUUGGCCCACUCUUCCAUGCAGAACUGCUUUAACUCAGUGACGUGUGGGUUUUCAAGCAUGAACUGCUCGUUUCAAGUCCUGCCACAACAUCUCAAUUGGGAUUAGGUCUGGACUUUGACUAGGCCAUUCCAAAACUUCUAAUUUGUUGCUUUUUAGCAAUUUUUAUGUAGACUUGAUUGUGUGUUUUGGAUCAUUGUCUUGCUGCAUGACCCAGCUGCGCUUCAGCUCACAGACGGAUGGUCUGACAUUCUCCUGUAGAAUUCUCUGAUACAGAGCAGAAUUCAUGGUUCCUUCUAUUAAGGCAAGUCAUCCAGUUCCUGAGGCAGCAAAGCAUCCCCAAACCAUCACACCACCACCACCAUGCUUGACCUUUGGUAUGAUGUUCUUACUGUGGAAUGCAGAGUUUGGUUUUCACCAGGCAUUACUGGAACCAUGUCGUCCAAAAAGUUAUACUUUUGAAUCAUCUGUCCAUAGAAAGUUCUUCCAAGAGUCUUGAUGAUCAUCCAGGUCCUUUUUGGCAAACUUGAGUCAACUUUUUGGACGAGAUGGUCCCAUUAUGCACAUCAAUAAGGGAUCAUAGUUUUACUGAGUAUGCCAAACAUUAGGAACACCUUCCUAAUAUUGAGUUGCACGCCCCCUUUUGCCCUCAGGACAGCCUCAAUUCAUCGGGUCAUGGACUCUACAAGGUGUUGAAAGCAUUUCACAGGGAUGCUGGCCCAUGUUGACUCCAAUGCUUCCCACAGUUGUGUCAAGUUGGCUGGAUGUCCUUUGGGUGGUGGACCAUUCAUGAUCCACAUGGGAAACUGUUGAGUGUGAAAAACCCAGCAGCAUUGCAGAUCUUGCACACUCAAACCGGUGUGCCUGGAACCUACUACCAUACCCUGUUCAAAGGCACUUCAAUAUUUUGUCUUGCCCAUCACCCUUUGAAUGGCACACAUACACAAUCCAUGUCUCAAGGCUUAAAAAUCAUUCUUUAACCUGUCUCCUCCCCUUCAUCUACACUGAUUUGAAGUGGAUUUAACAAAUGACAUCAAUAAGGGAUCAUAGUUUUCACCUGGUCAGUCUGUCAUGGAAAGAGCAGGUGUUCUUAAUGUUUUGUAUACUCAGCGUAUAUACACACAAACACACACAGAACUCACUGUCUUGCGAUGUGUGUGUGUGCAGGAGGGUCUUCUGUACUGGUGUGAUGCUCGUACAGACAAGAUAGAGCGUAUCAACCUGGAGACCGGAGAGAACAGAGAGGUGGUGCUGGCAAACAACAACAUGGACAUGUUCUCUCUCUCUGUGUUUGAAAGCUACAUCUACUGGAGUGACAGGUCCGUGUCCAUCGGUCUGUCUGUCGGUCUCUCUCUCUACAUGUAUCUCGCUCUCGCUCUCUGUGUGUGUGUGUGUGUUACAUUCACUCCUCCACUUAUUCAUUGCAUCUAUAAUUCAUUCACAAUCGCUCUCUGUCAUGUCACCUUCCUUCUCAGUCGUUGUCUCUCACUUGUUAUUUUACUUAGUCUGUCUCUCUCCCUGAUGUCAUGUCUCUCUCUCUCUCUCGCUCCCCCCUCCCCACUCCCUCCUCUCUGGCCUGUCUUAGGACUCAUGCCAAUGGCUCCAUAAAGCGAGGCAGCAAAGACAACGCUACAGACUCUGUGCCCCUGCGCACUGGCAUCGGAGUACAGCUCAAAGACAUCAAAGUGUUCAACAGGGCCAGGCAGCAAGGUGGGCAGGAGCCAUGUACUGUGGAUGUGUUAGUUUAGAGAGUCUACUCAAAUGUGGCAAUAAUGCUGUAGUUUGGCCAGUAACCGAAAGGUCGCUGGUUCGAAUACCCAAGCCGAUAGGUGAAAGAUAUGUCUGUGUCCUUGAGCAAGGCACUUAACCCUAAUUUGUUCCAGUGGCGCCAUACUACUAUGGCUGACCCUGUAAACAACACAUUGCCCCUACCCGGUGUGUGACAAUAAAAAAAAAUAUAUAAUAAUUAUAAUAGACUUAUUUGAUAUACCUAACCCAUUCAAUAUGCUUUUAUUAAUCUUGCCAUUUAAUUUCAUAUUUGAACAUAAAAUGAUCUGCCUACUUAAUUGUCCCAUCCCCCAGUGAAUAUGAAAUAUGUUUCUCUACACAGGAACUAAUGUGUGUAAGGAUAACAAUGGAGGGUGCCAGCAACUGUGUCUUUUCCGUGGCAACGCAGAUCGUACAUGUGCCUGUGCUCACGGUAUGUUGGCUGAGGAUGGACGUGGUUGCCGUGACUACGACGGCUACUUACUCUACUCUGAACGGACUAUUCUAAAGAGUGUUCACCUAUCGGAUGAAAAUAAUCUAAACGCUCCUAUAAAACCAUUUGAGGACCCUGAACACAUGAAGAAUGUUAUAGCUCUGACGUUUGACUACCGUGGAGGAGGGAAAGGAGCCAAUCGCAUCUUCUUUAGUGACAUCCACUUUGGGAACAUUCAGCAGAUCAAUGAUGAUGGUUUGGACCGCAAGAUGGUGGUGGAAAGUAAGUUACUCACCCUCCUCUAUAUUCAACGCUCUUAUUCAUACAAUCUGUUAUCAUCCCCCUAAUCCUAUAGCAAUCAAUCUCCUCUCUUCCCUCAUAACCCAUACUCCAUUGAUUUACCCUGUUGUGAAUGUGAUGUGAUAAGGCCAAGUGAAUGUACGUAAGCACUAGUUAAUCAGGUUAUUUGACUUUGAGAAAUGUGAUUAAACGUUUUCCCACCGUUAGACGGUUCUCUCACCCAAUUAGUGAAGUAUCAUCUUUCAUCCCUCCCUCCCUCCCUCCCUCCCUCCCUCCCUCCCUCCCUCCCUCCAUCCUCCUCCUCCACUGAAAACAGACCCUCUGUGGUGGUGAUAUACAGCAGACCCCUCAAUGAAUAUCAGUCUCCAGGAAGAAACAGCAGGGGUUUCUAAAAGAGAAAGUCCUACAAAACUUGUUUUGGACCUCCAACUGAUAAACAUGACAGGAAAACCUUGUCACAAACUCUAUUCGUUCUUUGAGUCUGGAAAACAAAGUGGAAAGCUUUCAUAUCUACCUCAGUUUGGGAACACACUGUACACAACAACAUAACCCAGACUGAGGCACAGAUAGACCUUCAUUCUCUUCAUCUCAGAAGAACAUAACAGAAAUAAAGAACAUUUGGCGGAAGAAUGGCAUUACUGUUACUGUGUACGAUCACUCACAUCCUUUAAAAAACUCAUUUUUACUAGCAGAAAUGUCUUUCUCCAGGAUGUCUCUGUUCUCUGCCAUGUCCCAGGAGGCUCUCUAGACAGAGGCCUUCGAUUCUCACAGUGUUCAGAUCCUCCUUUACUUCAAGUGCUAUCCCUCAGUUGAACCUUGGAGCUGAAGAGCUUCAUACCACAGCUUAGUGUUAUAGUUGUGUAUCAGGGAGAUUUGGGUAGAAACGGUUUUGUAGUUGUAGAGCUGUUUUUGUGCCGUUCUCAGACAUGAGAUUUUCAGUCCCCAUAAAGUACAGUCAGGGCGCAGGCGGGGAGUGUGCAUAAUUAUUAGGCAAGUUGUAUGUUUGAGGAUUAAUUGUAUUAUUGAACAAGGUAGGUUGCAGUUCUGGAAUAUGACAGCAUUGGAGGAUAAUGGGUUCCUGGUAGCUUCAUUUUGAUUCUUCUCAAAUCUUUGGCAGUUAAUUUGCGUCUUUUUUUCUCAACACGGUUCUUGCGACCCUGUUGACUAUUUGCAACAAAAAGUUUGAUGGUUCUGUGAUCACGCCCCAAUAUUUUAGCAAUUUCAAGAGUGCUGCAUCCCUCUGAAAUACUUUUUACAAUUUUUGACUUUUCAGAGUCAGUUAAAUCUAUUUUUUGGCCCAUUUUGCCUGAGGAAAAGAAGCUGCCUAAUAAUUAUACACACCUUGAUAUAGGGUGUUGAUCUUCUUAGGCCACACCCUCCCUCAUUACACAAAUACACAUGGUAUGCUUAAAUCAAAUAAGCAUUCCAGUUUAUACAGCUUGGAGUUGGGAAAUAUGCAUAAUAAUGAUGAUAUGGUCAAAAUACUGACUUGCCUAAUAAUUGUGCACACAGUGUAGUGUUGAGCUAGCCGCCGGGCUCUCCGUCUCUCCCCAGGAUUCCUGCUACGUCCGACCUCCGCUGACAGUGGAGGCCGGCUGGGUCUGUGUUGCUGAGCUCUAAACACUGGAUGUCUCUGUCUCCUGUCAGCUCACGUCAGAAAGCUUCUCCGCAUGACGUCUCAAUCAGUUUUCUACUGCUAAGCAAUCGACAGUCUGCCUAUUCAAAGCCCACAGGAAGGAAUUUCUGGAGAGAUAGAGGGAGGGAGGGUGCUGAAGGAAGGGGUCAAUCACAAUAAAAAAUGUGAACUCUUGUGUGGUCUGUACUGUACGGCUUUGACAGUGAAAACCGAGGGAGAUGGGUUGGUCUGUUGUCAGUGGGAGGACCUGUUCUGGACAACUAAAGCUGCUCAGAGUUUGUCACCACACACACACUCACUCACUCACUCACUCACAACAUGAGAAAUCCGGGUAAUUAUUGACAUGUGGCCUGAGAGCACACACUCAGCUGGGGUGUUGUGGUCUGUUAUCACAGCCAGAUAAAUGCCAUAAAAUGUGUGUGAAGCUCAGGAUAAGCUCCUGGAUAAGCUACCAAGCUCCUCCAUUUCAGCUCCUCUGUAAGGCAGCACACAGAACAGAGAUCUACUGCAAAGAAUGGUGUGAAGAAACGAGAAACGAGGAUGUGAGAGUAUAGUCUUGCGGGCUGACGAUUUAUUAAAAGCACCGAAGAGAGAGGAAAUUGAAAGGGAGCUGAUUUAGUGUUGCACUUCAUACAUUUUUUAAAAUGUUGAUUUAUGAGAGGGGUAAACCAGGGGGAGUUAUUUUAAGAUCGCACACCUUUGCUCUGCAAUCCAGCUUUUAGGUCCUUAGCUCGGUUUCGUUCAUAAUCUUUCACAAUAGGCUGGCAGCCAGUCCAUGACUCAUGUCUGGGGAGUUGAGAUGGAGAGAUGUAGGUGAAGUGCAGAGUGUCCCACCUUGUGUUGAACCUCCCAGAGACACUGGCCAGACCUGUGAUGUACUUUGUGUUUUCACACUUUCAGCCAAUUUUUUGUGAACUCAGUCUCAGUGCGGUUCGCUUAAUUUUUUGUGCAGUGUAAACUCUCCAAAGGAACUCCGACGACUCAAAAGAGCCCCCGAAGCGAACCGAACUGAGAUCAUCUUGAGAGGUGGUCUGAAUUCUGUCCGCUUGAAUUCCAUGGUCUGGUUCCCUUUUUUAGGGCAAUGUGAACACAAAGCUCCUCAGGCUCAUUUGUCAUUAUUCCCAAACACACACUAGACUACUGCAACACAACACUGUUACCCCUGCCAUAGGUAGCAUGGCGGGAGGAGCGUUGGGCGCUGGAUCGAAUCCCCGAGCUGACAAGGUGAAAAUCUGUCAUUCUGCCCCUGAGCAAAGCAGUUAACCCACUGUUCCCCGGGCGCCGAAGACAAGGAUGUCGAUUAAGGCAGCCCUCUGUACCUCUCUGAUUCAGAGGGGUUGGGUUAAAUGCGGAAGACACAGUUCAGUUGAAUGCAUUCAGUUAUAUAACUGACUAGGUAUUCCACUUUCCCUAACCCCUCACAUUGAUUGUGGUCCUCUGUAGCUCAAUUGGUAGAGCAUGGCGCUUGUAACGCCAGGGUAGUGGGUUCAAUCCCCGGGACCACCCAUACGUAAAAAUGUAUGCACACAUUACUUUAAGUCGCUUUGGAUAAAAGCGUCUGCUAAAUGGCAUAAUAAUAAUAAUAAUAAUAAUAAUAAUAAUAAUAAUAAUAAUAAUAAUAAUAAUUGGUGCCACAUAAGAGAGAAGAUGAUGAUGUACAGGUUUGCAUAAAAAACGUGUGCUGUUUUUGGAUAUUGAUUACCGAUUGUCAAGGAUGCACAGAUACGUGUGGAGUUUAUAGUUUGAGAUUAUUUGUUUACAAUAUGUGAUCAAUAGGUUAAGAGCACUUUAUAAGCUGUUUAUUCCAUUGUGGGAUUUGAAUAGUGUGAGAAGACGACAACAUAUUUGGUGAGAAGAGAAUCACAACAGGGUACAAAAUCUAUUCUAGCUCUUAAAGGGGCACAUUUGGUGUACAAUUUACAAUUACAGCAUUAUUUAAUCUGCAGUUAUUCUUCUGCUAUUUAUUCACGUAGCAGUGUGAAUGCAAAGUGGACACAGACCACAAAAUAGGUGAAGUGAACUAGCAAAAGAGUUGAGUCAUUCAAAGGCAAGGGCAGUGUGAAUACAAAGAGAACUGAGUUAUUUUGCUUUAAAGAGGACUGAGAUAUGUUCUUUUAAAAAGGACUAUAUGUGAAAACACCCUUAAAUCAUUCCAGUCCCUCUGUUUCUCUGGGAUAACAAGCAGGUGACUAUUAGUCUUUUGGCAAAAUGAGUUGUGCAUGACUGUGUGUUGUGUGUAACUCCAAAGUGUCCUUGGCAGAUGUGUUUGUGUCUGUGUGUGAGAGAGUGUGACUGUGCGUGUGUCUCCACCACCAGAGCAGCAGGUCUCUCCCAGUCUCUCUCUCUCCCAGUGCAGCACAGUGUGUUCCUCCAUCUUGGCCAGCUCUCCACUCCUCAGUCUCCUCUGCUCUGACCUGGGGUGUGGUGGGCUUGGCUGGGGUGGGGUGGGCUGGGCUACCUCAGCCAGUUACUCAUUAGAAGGCUGUGGAGCAGAAAAAUGCAGUGAACAUUCUCAGUAAAAAAGAGCAAUGGCAUGGGAUAUGCUGCUAGCUGUUAGCCAUUUCUGUCAUGACCUUUUGGAAAGCUGUUAGUUGGAUGAAAGCCUUAGAUCAGAGUGUUCUAGAUCAUUACCAGUGGCCUGUCAUGUCCUCCGUACGUAGUCUCUGUACCUCCUCUGCUAUGGCAUCCUGCUCUGCUCUGUAUGGUCUGCGCUGUCCGCCAGCUCUGUGCUACUGCCAGUCAUGUCCUUUUAACAUGCAACUGGGGUUGAUGUGUGUGUUUGUCGCUUCUCCUCCCUCCCUCCGUCUCUUUCUUUCCCUGCCCUUUUUUCUCUCUGUUCCCCCCCCCCCCCCCCCCCCAUCUCUGCUCAUCCUACCUCUUUCGCUCUCUCUCCCCUUCUUUCCCCCUCUCUCCCUAUUAGAUGUGGGUUCGGUGGAGGGCCUGGCGUACCAUCGUGGCUGGGACACUCUGUACUGGACCAGCUAUACCACCUCUACCAUCACCCGCCACACAGUGAACCAGAACCGCUGGGGCGCCUGGGACCGCGACGUCGUGGUCACCAUGUCUGGAAAUGACCACCCCCGGGCCUUCGUACUGGACGAGUGUCAGAAGUGAGUGUCUCUUGGACCGUAAUGGUCAUAAAUCGCAAUGUUACAAGUUUCUGACCCAGAUCAUAGGGUUUUAAUUUAUAUGGAUUUGAUUAGUCUUUAUUACAUUGUCAGGUAUCUGAUGCUUGACCGUUGCAGUUAAUCUGAAACUAGCUACUGUUCCCAUAUUCCCAUAUACUGAUCAUUAUCAUAAGGUUUUGAAUGGAUUAAAGGGGCCGUAUAGAUAGCUUAGCUUUACUGUAAGUAGAUUUUCAUUGAUUUUCUCACUGCCUCUCUCUGGAUAGUGUUUAACUAAUCAAAUCAUGCACCACUUUGGAAUCUUAAUAUAAUCUGGUCAUUUAGCAGAUCCAUUGAUCCAAAGUGACAAAGUUAACUAAUAUAUUCAGUAUGCUGUAUACAGUAUGUGGCCCAUGCGAGAAGCUAUAAAUCUGGUGUUGGAAUGGAAGCACCAUGCUUAAACCAAUUGUGCCAUUUGAAUCAGAAACCCAUCACUGUCGUGGACGUUUACACACAUCUGCAUUAUAUACUCAAGUUCCCUCUUGUGUUGUCACCCACCAGCCUGAUGUUCUGGACCAACUGGAACGAGCAGUCCCCCAGUAUCAUGCGUGCCACCCUGUCUGGUAACAAUGUACUGGUGAUCAUCGGGAGUGACAUCCGCACCCCAAACGGCCUGGCCAUAGACCACCGUGCUGAGAAACUCUACUUCUCCGACGCCACCCUGGACAAGAUCGAACGUUGCGAGUAUGAUGGCAGCCGGCGCUAUGUGAGUGACACACACACACAGACACAGAGAUUAUGUACACACAAAAACCCACCCACACUCACAAAGCCCACUCAUUGGUUUAACUUUCCCUGCUGCCCCCUGUAGGUGGUGUUGAAGAAUGAGCCAGUCCAUCCGUUUGGCCUGGCGGUGUAUGGGGACUACAUCUUCUGGACUGACUGGGUCCGCAGGGCCGUCCUCAGGGCCAACAAAUACGUGGGCGGAGACAUGAAACUCCUCAGAGCCGACAUCCCCCAGCAGCCAAUGGGCAUAGUCGCUGUGGCCAACGACACCAAUAGCUGUGAGUUCUAAGGAAAGAGGUUGGGGUUUGGGUGGAUGUUUUUUUUUGGAGGGGGGGCAGAUAAAGGAGUGGGUGAUUGGGGGGUUGGCGGGGGCAAGCAGAGUGAUACACACACACACACACACACACACAUACCUGCAUACACACACACACACACACCUGCUGCGCCACCAAAGUUAAUGAGGUGCCAGAAGUAAUCAGAGAGUGUGACACAGCUGAGAGGAGCUCCAUACACCUGAGAAUCCACUGCCCCAUCCAUCACCCUGUACACACACACACACACACCCCAUCUUCUGUUCCAACAGUUCCAUGCCACCUCGUCCAGUUCAAUUCACACUUGUUCAUUUCAGUGAGCUUUCAAUCUCCCUCUUUCACUCCAAAUCAAUGGCUCUAUCUUUCUUAACCCCCCCCCCCCCCAUACACACACACACACACACACACACACACAUUCUACCUCAACAUUGACUUCCUACUUGCCUACGUCCUCCCCACUCUCACUCACAACACACACAGUGAACCCGUGGUAAUUGCAACAAAUCCUAUUUAGAUUGUGUCAGUUUAUAUUAGACUCAAGUAGCAGGAGAGCUGUGUUGGUUUCUGAACACUGUUUGUGUGUGUGUGUGUGUGUGUGUAUGUAUGUGUGCGUGCGUACGUGUCGAAUGCAUGUGCGGGAGUGUGCAUGCAUGUUCUAACCCUCUCUCUCUGUGUGUAGGUGAGUUCUCGCCUUGUCGGUUGAACAACGGAGGUUGUCAGGACCUGUGUAUCCUGACCUCAGAGGGCAGGGUCAACUGUACGUGCCGUGGCGAUGGCGAGAGGAAACUGCUGGAGGACAACACCUGCGUUGGUGAGAAAGGGGGGAGGAGGAGACGAGAGCGGGGAAGAGGGAAUAGGGAAGGGUAUGGAGAAAUGAGAGAACUAGUGCAUGGGGAGGGAGAGUGGAUGAGAGCAUUUUGUCAUGUCAUUACUGAUGUAAGAACAGCCAAUGGUGCUAAUGUUUCAAGCCUACUUUGGAACAUUCAGCACUAAAACCAUGUUAUUUUUAUGAUGGUGCAGUUAAGUGUCUCUUUCCCCUUCUCCUUUUCUCUCUCUCCAUCUCUAUCAGCCCUGAACACCACAUGCAGCAGUGUAGAUGAGUUUGAGUGUGGGAACGGAGACUGUGUGAACUACUCUCUGACCUGUGAUGGUAUGGCCCACUGCAAGGACAAGUCAGACGAGAAACAGUCCUACUGCGGUGAGUGAGACAGACGGGGACAUUGCUUUACAGUACCUCUAUAAGCCAUAAUGUAAUGUUUCUAAUGAUAUCUUCUCCUGCCCCUCGGCUCCAGCUAACCGUGUUUGUAAGAAGGGCUACAGGCGGUGUGUGAACGGCCGGUGUGUGGGACACAGCUCCUGGUGUAACGGACAGGACGACUGUGGGGACAACUCAGACGAACUCUUUUGCAACAGUAAGCAGUGCUAGCUAUCUCAUGCAGUGUACCCUCUGGGGGCUAGUUUGUGGUGGUUUUUCUGUGGACAUUUCGUAUGUUUGUGUGUAGUAUUUCACCAGUGUAACGUGUGUGUGUGUGUGUUUCAGCCACCCUGUGCACAGCAGAGCAGUUCCAGUGCAGAGACGGACGCUGCAUCACCAACUCCAGCAAGUGUAACCAGGUGGUGGACUGUGAGGACGCCAGCGAUGAGAUGAACUGCUGUGAGUCACCUUGGACGCCAGACGAACCUUAGAACCUAGUUUCAACUAAAUCUAACAAUAGUUUCAACUCUAACCCAGACCUAACUCUUGACUUGACUCAACUCAUGAAAGACCACAGACUAAUCUUUAGACUAGACUCAACUAAAUCUAACAUCAAACGUAACUCUAAACCAGACUUAACUCUAGACUACCUCAGUCAGGAUUGCGCUGUAUAAUGUCACCUUACAGUUAGAUACGAUGCUAAAGCUAAUGAACUAGAUUAGUUUUUAGACAGACUUUAUUAGACUCACUGUGUAACCUCUGCCCUCUGUUCUGCAGCCACCGACUGUUCCAGCUACUUCCGUCUGGGGGUGAAGGGUGUGAUCUUCCAGAAGUGUGAGUUCACCAGCCUCUGUUACACCCCCUUCUGGGUGUGUGAUGGAGCCAACGACUGUGGAGACUACUCUGACGAGAGGAACUGCCCAGGUGAACACACACAUGCGGAUGCAUGCACACACACAUGCACACAUAGAUGCCGCACACACACAAAGAUAGACACUUAAACACACGCACAAUGAGCUGCAACAUCUCAAAUGUUUCCUGGGUGUUGUCCUUGUGGACUCAGUGUAUGUCAUUAAAGCAGCCAGCUGCUGGAGGAGCCCCCAGAGUUUACAUUAAAACACAAACAUUUGGACUCUUCAAAAUCAAAUCAAGCUUUAUUUAUACAGCACAUUCAGACAUGGAAUGAAAUACCACCAUAUGCUUCACAGGAAAAAAACAAUGAAAAUAAAAGCUGAAAUAUUUACUACACAACAAACAUAAGAUAAAUAAACAAAAUAAUGACAAAAACAGAACGAGCAAAGCUGAAAAGAUAUGUUUUAAGAUCUCUUUUAAAUAUGUCCACAGUUUCAGCCCCCUCAGGUUCUCUGGCAGGCUAUUCCAGAUGCUGGGGGCAUAAUAAUUAAAUGCUGCCUCUCCAUGCCUCUUGGACCUAGGCUUUGGGAUAGUUAAAAGGCCAGUGCCAGAGGACCUGAGGGACCUACUGGGUACAUAACCUAAAAGCAUGUCUGACAUGUAUUGGGGUGCACAAUCGUGGAUUGAUUUAAAAACCAAUAGAAUAAUUAAUUCUAAAACUCACAGGCAGCCAGUGCAGAGACCUUAAAACAAGUUUGUGUGCUCUCCGUCUGGUCUUGGUCAGUACCCGUGCUGCAGCAUUCUGUAUGUUUUGCAGUUGAACAAUGGCUUUCUUGGGUAGACCAGACAGGAGAGCAUUACAGUAGUCAAGCCUGCUUGUAAUAAAAGCAUGGAUGAGUCUCUCUGUAUCAGCCUGAGAGAGAAAACACAGCCAUUAACACAGCACAUGUGUUGCAUCUAUUAAACUCUUUAAAAUACAAGAUAAGUGCGAAAAGUAAAGAGGGACCAAAGAUAUUACACAACUGCAAAAUUCGAAAAAUGGAUUACAAAUAUAAUUGUUUGUCUGUCAGUAAACAAGACAAAUAUGCCAAUCUAUUACAAACAUGCUACUCUUGCCGUGAGUUUCAUAUAUCUGUUUAUUUAGUGCCACUCUACUUUAAUAUUACUAUAUUAACCACUCUGUCUGUCUGUUUGUCAAACAGACCGGAGGAAGACCAAGUGCUUUGCUCCAUUCUUUGCGUGUCCCAGUGGUCGCUGUAUCCCUAUAAGCUGGACCUGCGACAAGGAGAACGACUGUGAGAAUGGAGCUGACGAGGCCCACUGUGGUCAGUUCAACUCAGCUGCCUUUUUACUGGAUUCACUGCUAAUAUUCAUGGUCUUUCACCACACAUUUCUGACUGACUUUCAUUCUCUACAUCGCCCCACCCGCUUUGCUUUCUUGCCCUUUCCUUUAGAUAAGUUUUGCUCGGCCAGCCAGUUUCAGUGCGGUAACCACCGCUGUAUCCCCAACCACUGGGUAUGUGACGGUGCUGACGACUGUGGUGACGGGACUGACGAGGACGGCAAGUGCAGUGAGUGUCAUUCACGUCAAACACGCAACCUCUCACUAUGAAACAGGGAGGACACUUAUGUGGAAAUCGACAGAGUGGAAAUACUAGACUUAUUCAAAACAAAUGUACUCAAAACUAUUCUGUCUCCCCUCCUCCCCACUUGCCUCUUUUCUGACAGAGAAUAAGACGUGUAGUCCACAUGCCUUCCAGUGUCCUGGCUCUCAUGUGUGUGUUCCCCAGCACUGGAAGUGUGACGGGGACAUGGACUGUCCUGACGGGGUGGAUGAGAGUGUCAAGGCUGGAUGUGGUGAGUAGUGGAUCAGUCCGAGGAAUGGAUUAUUACUGAUACCUGAUCGAUGUUUACCUAUGGAAGUAUGUCCUAUGCAAGUCAUCGUUAUAUCAUUACUUGUUACACAGAUUAUUUUCAUAAUGCAGUACCUUAUUGACUGACUGAUGUCUGUGUCUGUGUGUCAGUGUUCAACAACACCUGUGAUGCGAAUGAGUUCAUGUGCCAAAACAGACAGUGCAUCCCCAAACACUUUGUGUGUGACCAUGACAAUGACUGCAGUGAUGGCUCUGACGAGUUCCUGGAGUGUGGUGAGUGGAUGACCCUUGACUCCCGUUGUCCCAGGGUACCAUGUCUCUUACACUCACACACUAUCAUAUAUUAUAAUUGUGACUGUGUGCUAGUCUUUAACAUUUUGAGUGAAUAAACUGUUUUUAUCAUAGGAAGUAACCUAAGCAUUGUCCUUCCAGAGUACCCUAAGUGUGGGCCCAAUGAGUUCCGUUGUGCCAACGGCCGUUGCCUCCUCCAGAGCUCCUGGGAGUGUGACGGAGAGUUCGACUGUCAUGACCACUCUGACGAAGCCCCUAAGAACCCCCGCUGCAACAGCCCAGGUUAGAGAGAGACACACACACAGAGAGAUGGUGCUUACUGUCUAUUUGCUCUGGGGGCUAAGAGAUCUCCUUCUCAGCCCACUAUUUGCAAGGAAGUUUAAGGAAUUUACUAAAUCCCUGCUAAAUUGGUCAAUCGGAUUUAGUCCAAUGUGUGGACCAAGUCCCCUCUUCCUUAAAUAUUCACUCACUAUUCUCCUCUUCUGACCCACCCUCUUUCAACCUCUCCUCCAACCCCUCUUACCGAAACAGAGAAGAAGUGUAACGACACGGCAUACGCCUGCGGUAACGGGAACUGUGUCAACGAGACACUGCUAUGUGACCGUAAUGACGACUGCGGUGACGGCACUGACGAGCUCAACUGCUUCAUCAAUGAGUGUCUGAACAGCAAGCUCAGUGGCUGCUCCCAGCUCUGUGAGGAUCUCACGAUAGGCUUCAAGGUAAGGAUGCACCUACAGUACCAGUCAAAGUCUGGACACACCUGCUCAUUCAAGGGUUUUUCUUAAUUUUUUACUAUUUUCUACAUUGUAGAGUAAUAGUGAAGACAACAAAACUAUGAAAUAAGACAUAUGGAAUCAUGUAGGAACCUAAAAAGUGUUAAACAAAUCAAAAUAUAGUUCAGAUGUUUGAUUUUUCAAAGUAGCCACCCUUUGCCUUGAGCUUUGCACAUUCUUGGCAUUAUCUCAACCAGCUGCACUUGGAAUGCUUUUCCAACAGUCUUGAAGGAGUUCCCACAUAUGCUGAGCACUUGUUGGCUGCUUUUCCUUCACUCUGCGGUCCAACUCAUCCCUAACCAUCUCAAUUGGGUUGAGGUUGGGUGAUUGUGGAGGCCAGGUCAUCUGAUGCAGCACUCCAUCACUCUCCUUCUUGGUCAAAUAGCCCUUACACGGCCUGGAGGUGUGUUCAGUCAUUGUCCUGAUGAAAAACAAACGAUAGUCCCACUAUGCACAAACCAGAUUGGAUGGCGUAACUUAUCCUCUGCAGCAGAGGUAACUCUGGGUCUUCCUUUCCUGUGGCGGUCCUCAUGAGAGCCAGUUUCAUCAUAGCACUUGAAGAAACGUUCAACGUUCUUGACAUUUUCCGGAUUGACUGACCUUCAUGUCUUAAAGUAAUGAUGGGCUGUCAUUUCUCUUUGCUUAUUUGAGCUGUGCUUGCCAUAAUAUAGACUUGGUCUUUUACCAAAUAGGGCUAUCUUCUGUAUACCACCCCUACCUUGUCACAACACAACUGAUAGGCUCAAACGCAAUAACUUUUAAGGAGGCACACCUGUUAACUGAAAUACAUUCCAGGUGACUACCUCAUGAAGCUGGUUGAGAGAAUGCCAAGAGUGUGUAAAGCUGUCAUCAAGGCAAAUGGUGGCUAUUUGAAGAUUCUCAAAUAUAAAAUAUAUUUUGAUUUGUUUAACACUUUUUUGGUUACUACAUGAUUCCAUAUGUGUUAUUUCAUAGUUUUGAUGUCUUCACUAUUAUUAUACAAUGUAGAAAAUAGUAUAAAUAAAGAAAAACCCUUGAAUGAGUAGGUGUGUACAAGCUUUUGACUGGUACUGUACAUCUGGAGAGCGUCUCUAAAAUGAAUAGUUAAUGAUGAUGACUUUUAAUUUGUAGUCGUUACCAUUUAUAUUGUCAACUACGUAACAACUAUUGACGGAAAGGUUAACAACUGUGAAGUAGUACACACAGCCUUACCUGUCCUGUCCUCUCCUCUCCUGUGUGACCGUGCAGUGCAGAUGCCAUCCUGGCUUCCGUCUGAAGGAUGAUGGGAAGACGUGCGUGGACAUAGACGAGUGUACGACCAGCUACCCCUGCACCCAGCGCUGCAUCAAUACCCACGGAUCCUUCCAUUGUCUCUGUGUGGAGGGCUUCCAGCUCAGCCCCAGCGACCCCACCAUCUGCAAGUCCACCUCCGGUAAGACAUGGAGGGGUGUAAUGUGGUGUAUGGGGGGUUAAGAUCUGAAGGGGCGUAUGGGGGUUGGUUGCACCAUAGAGCUCUACCCACGGAAUCAAUCACAUCUUAAUUAAUAAGCUUCAUGCAUGUGUGAAGAGGGACUCAGUUUGAGCUUGUUGACCUAAUCUACAUCAAAAUAUAUAUUUUGUCCAGAGGAGGAGCCCUUCCUGAUCUUUGCCAAUCGUUACUACUUGAGGAAACUCAACCUGGAUGGUUCCAACUACACCCUGCUCAAACAGGUGAGACUGGAGCCUCAACACCUCAUAGACUUGCAAACAGGUUGAAAUAACCCAUUGCACCCUUUGACCAUCACACUAAAUUGAUCUCUUCUCUCCCAUUUUGUGUGUGUGUAUGCAUUAGGGUCUGAACAAUGCGGUGGCGCUGGAUUUUGACUACAGACAGCAGAUGAUCUACUGGACAGACGUGACCACUCAGGGCAGCAUGAUACGACGCAUGCACAUCAACGGCAGCGAUGUACAGGUCAGUGUGGGUCCAUGACCUUUUGACCUCUUAGAAACAUACAACAUUUGAUUGGUACAUUUGGACGAAAGGAACUGAACCAGGACUUCUGAUUGGCUCUUUGGCAGGUUCUUCACCGCACAUCUCUCAGCAACCCUGAUGGUCUAGCUGUUGAUUGGGUGGGAGGGAACCUGUACUGGUGUGACAAGGGGCGGGACACCAUCGAGGUGUCAAAGCUGACCGGGGCCUACCGGACGGUCCUGGUCAACACCGGUCUGAGGGAACCACGCGCUGUGGCAGUCGACGUACGAAACGGGUAUGAACAUAAAUAUAACUUUAAGAUUUUCUAAUUGAUGAGUGCUGCUCAAAUAUUGAAUAUAGUGUUCAAAUGUUGAGUAUAUAGGAUUUAUUAUUUUAGUACAAGAGAGAAUGGCAUUGAUCCUAACUUUGCUGAGAAUGUAGUGCGAUAUUAUGACCACUCACAUGGGUGUCCUGAGUGGUUCUGAAGCCUCUCACUGAGCUGUGUCCCUGCCAGGUACCUGUACUGGUCCGACUGGGGUGACAACCCCCACAUAGGGAGGAUAGGGAUGGAUGGCGCCAACAGGACUGUGAUUGUAGAGGACAGGAUCACCUGGCCCAACGGCCUCACUCUGGACUUCAUCAACGACCGCAUCUACUGGGCAGACGCCAGAGAGGACUACAUAGAGUUUGCCAGCCUGGAUGGAACCAACAGACACACGGGUAACACACACCGUCACACACACACACUAUCAUACACACAUCUUUUGAUACAUAUAUUGAUAUUACAACACACACAUGAAACAGAACUCACAUACACUAUACACACCACACACAUCAGUAAAUACAUCACUGUUGGUAGACAAUCCGCUUGUUUCUGACGUGUCUGUUUCUCUGUGUGCUUCCCCACCCUGCAGUGCUGCGCCAGGACAUCCCCCACAUCUUUGCCAUGACUCUGUUUGAGGAGUACAUCUACUGGACCGACUGGGAGACCAGGUCCAUCAACAGGUGUCACAAAACCCUGGGCACCAACAAGACCAUGCUGAUCAGCACCCUGCACCGGCCCAUGGACAUCCACAUCUACCACCCUUACCGCCAGCCAGAGGGUAUGAGUAAGUCUACUGUUACUGCCACCUAAACACCCAGUCAUCUAUGGAUGUGUGCUUGCACACCCCUGACCUGGGCCUAAUGUGUGUGUAUGUGUGUGUGUUUGGUUAACCCACAGUGGCCAACCACCCAUGUCAGACCAACAAUGGAGGAUGCAGUAACCUGUGCCUGCUGUCACCUGGUGGGGGGUACAAGUGUGCCUGUCCCACUAACUUCUACCUGUCCAGUGAUGGGAGGCAGUGUAUGUCCAACUGCACCGCCAGUCAGGUGAGUUUAGCCAACUUGUCUCUUAGCUGUUUCAUGAUGUUGUGUGUCCUUCUCUGCCUUUAUGUAGUAGUAGUGCGUACAGCCCAGUACAUCACUGGGGCCAAGCUUCCUGCCAUCCAGGACCGAUAUACUAGGCGGUGUCAGAGGAAGGCCCAAAAUAGUCAAAGACCACCACCCGGACUAUUUGCAUUGACCCCCCCCCCCCCCUUUGUUUUUACACUGCUGCUACUCGCUGUUUAUUAUCUAUGCAUAGUCACUUUACCCCUACCUACAUGUACAAAUUACCUCGACUAACCUGUAGCCCCGCACAUUGACUCAGUACCUUUACCUCCUGUAUAUAGCCUCAGUAUUGUUCUUUUAUUGUGUUACUUUUUUGUUUUGUUUAUUUAGUAAAUAUUUUCUUAACUGCAUUGUUGGUUAAGGAUAUGUAAGAAAGCAUUUCACGGUAAUAACAUUUGAUAUGAUGUAGUCAGAAUGAAUCUUUCCUCUCUCUCUUCCUCCACCGUCUCUUUCUUCCUCGGUCCCUCUUGCUUUCCCCCUCUCUAUCCAUCUCUUCGCUCUCUCUCGUUCCCUGCAGUUUGUGUGUAAGAAUGACAAGUGCAUUCCGUUCUGGUGGAAGUGUGACACAGAGGAUGAUUGUGGGGAUCGGUCAGACGAGCCUGCGGAAUGCCGUGAGUGACCGACAGUCCUAGUCCAUGAACACUAUCUAUCAUAGCUGUACUGUAUUGGAGUCCUGGUUGACUGAUGUUGUAUUGGUAUCACCCUGUAGCUGAGUUCAAGUGCAGGCCAGGCCAGUUCCAGUGUGGUACAGGUAUCUGUACCAACCCAGCCUACAUCUGUGACGGAGACAACGACUGCCAGGACAACUCUGACGAGGCAAACUGUGACAUCCACGUGUGUCUGCCCAGUCAGUUUAAGUGUAGGCACCCCAGCCGCUGUAUCCCUGGGAUCUUCCGCUGUAACGGCCAGGACAACUGUGGAGAGGGGGAGGACGAGAUAGACUGCCGUGAGUAGACUGCCUUGGCUACUAGUAUGGAGGGGUUAAAAAAAAGGGAAUAUGGACAGGGGUUAAAGUUCUCCUUCACUGCGACUGAUUUCUGUCAUAUGGAUUCUGGAGAGGUGUUUUUUUUUUUUGGGGGGGGGGGGGGGGGGGGGGGGGGGGGGUGUAGAUCAGCUUUAAUAUUGCAGAUUGUAGCUUCCAUCAAUGUAAUUGUCUGCAUCAUUUCUAAUCCCCUGUGUGUGUUUGUGUGUGGACACCCCUUUAAAUUAGUGGAUUCAGCUAGUUCAGCCACACCGUUGCUGACAGGUGUAUAAAAUCGAGCACACAGCAUGCAAUCUUCAUAGACAAACAUCGGCAGUAGAAUGGCCUUACUGAAGAGCUCAGUGACUGUCAACGUGGCACUGUCAUAGGAUGCAACCUUUCCAACAAGUCAGUUCGUCAAAUUUCUGCCCUGCUACAGCUGCCCCGGUCAACUGUAAGUGUUGUUAUUGUGAAGUGGAAACGUCUAGGAGCAACAACGGCUCAGCUGUGAAGUGGUAGGCCACACGAGCUCACAGAACUGGAUUGCCAAGUGCUGAAGCGCGUAGCAUGUAAAAAUUGUCUGUCCUCGGUUGCAACACUCACUACAGAGUUCCAAACUGCCUCUGGAAGUAAUGUCAGCACAAGAACUGUUCGUCGGGAGCUUCAUGAAGUGGGUUUCCAUGGCCGAGCAGCUGCACACAAGCCUAAAAUCACCAUGCGCUCGCCGCCAUUGGACUCUGAAGCAAUGGAAACGCGUUCUCUGGAGUGAUGCAUCACGCUUCACCAUCUGUCAGUCCGACAGACUAAUCUGGGUUUGGCGGAUGCCAGGAGAACGCUACCUGCCCCAAUGCAAAAUGCCAACUGUAAUAUUUGGUGGAGGAGGAAUAAUGGUCUGUGGCUGUUUUUCAUGGUUCGUGCUAGGCCACUUAGUUCCAGUGGAGGGAAAUCUUAACGCUACAGCAUACAAUGACAUUCUAAACGACUCUGUGCUUCCAACUUUGUGGCAACAGUUUCAACAUGACAAUGCCCCCGUGCACAAAGCGAGGUCCAUACAGAAAUGGUUUGUCGAGAUCAGUGUGGAAGAACUUGACUGGCCUGCACAUAGCCCUGACCUCAACCCCAUCGAACAGCUUUGGGAUGAAUUGGAACGCCGACUGCGAGCCAGGCCUAAUGGCCCAACAUUAGUGCCCGACCUCACUAAUGCUUUUGUGUCUGAAUGGAAGCAAGUCCCCGCAGCAAUGUUCCAACAUCUAGUGGAAAGCCUGAGCAGAAAAGUGGAGGCUGUUAUAGCAGCAAAGGGGGGACCAACUCCAUAUUAAUACCCAUGAUUUUGGAAUGAGAUGUUCGACGAGUAGGUGUCCACAUAUUUUGGUCAUGUAGUGUACUUUGUAAUGGAGUUCUCAGUCCUUCUACAUAAAAUGUAUCCUGGGGAGGACCCCUUAAGCAAGGGACUGGAAUAGGACAAACUCACAGUUUAAUACAGGUACAAAAUGAUCCUCUUUCCCUCAAAGCAUGAUGACUUUCUUAUAUAAAAGGGGAGGUUAACUUGGCCCCAGACAAUCGAUCUGAGAUCGGCUUAAGUUUCAUUCAUUUACAUUUUACAUUUUAGUCAUUUUAGCAGACGCUCUUAUCCAGAGCGACUUACAGUUAGUGAGUGCAUACAUUUUCAUACUGUCAUGGGAUUUUGUUUUGCUUUAACCCCUGAAUAUGGAGGAUAUCCAACCUGUAGUGUACUGCACCAACUUAUAGUCUUUUCAAAUCAGUGUUCAACCUAUUAUGUUUUCUACGCACAUUGAAAUGAAAUGUAUAAUUAUUUUAAAUGUAUGUUUUCAAAGACUUUGAGACUAGGAGAGAAAGCAAUGCAUCAUGUAAGGAUAUUGGUAAGUGACUGUCUCUUCUCCAUUCUGUCCCCUGCAGCGGAUGUGACGUGUGCUCCUAACCAGUUCCAGUGUGCCAUCACCAAGCGCUGUAUCCCUCGUGUCUGGGUGUGUGACAGGGACAAUGACUGUGUGGACGGAUCUGAUGAGCCUGCCAACUGCAGUAAGGACCCACUCUACUGUGACAUCUAGCAUCUCUCUCUUUCUCCCUUCUCCUCGAUUCCUCUUCCUUAUUUUCUCUCUCUACCAGUGGUACUGAAGUAUUUAAGAAGGUCCGGUCACACAAAUUUCCUAGGUGGCAAAGUUCCGGAUGGAUAUUGUCAUUUUAUCGGCGUAGUAACAAACCCCCACCGCACAACGCAUGUAACCCCAAACUGUUCACACUCCUCUUGUUGGCGGAGAGAAAAUUGUGCAGUUUUAAAGCAUAAUUCCUGCAAUUCUACAAAUGUUUCCAUGUCUUAUAUGUGUUUACAUGAUACUAGGGGUCAAUGCCCAACAGAGUUCCCCCAUUUUUAUUUAUUUAUAUAUAUAUAUAUAUAUAUAUAUAUAUAUAUAUAUAUAUAUACAGUUGAAGUUGGAAGUUUACAUACACUUAGGUUGGAGUCAUUAAAACUCGUUUUUCAACCACUCCACACAUUUCUUGUUAACAAACUAUAGUUUUGGCAAGUCAGUUAGGACAUCUACUUUGUGCAUGACACAAGUAAUUUUUCCAACAAUUGUUAACAGACAGAUUGUUUCACUUAUAAUUCACUGUAUCACAAUUCCAGUGGGUCGGAAGUUUACAUACACAAGUUGACUGUGCCUUUAAACAGCUUGGAAAAUUCCAGAAAAUGAUGUCAUGGCUUUAGAAGCUUCUGAUAGGCUAAUUGACAUCAUUUGAGUCAAUAGGAGGUGUACCUGUGGAUGUAUUUCAAGGCUUACCUUCAAACUCAGUGCCUCUUUGCUUGACAUCAUGGGAAAAUCAAAAUAAAUCAGCCAAGACCUCACAAAAAAAAUGGUAGACCUCCACAAGUCUGGUUCAUCCUUGGGAGCAAUUUAAAAAUGCCUGAAGGUACCACGUUCAUCUGUACAAACAAUAGUACGCAAGUAUAAACACCAUGGGACCACGUAGCCGUCAUACCGCUCAGGAAGGAGACGCGUUCUGUCUCCUAGAGAUGAAUGUACUUUGGUGCGAAACGUGCAAAUCAAUCCCAGAAUAACAGCAAAGGACCUUGUGAAGAUGCAGGAGGAAACAGGUACAAAAGUAUCUAUAUCCACAGUAAAACAAGUCCUAUAUCGACAUAACCUGAAAGGCCGCUCAGCAAGGAAGAAGCCGCUGCUCCAAAACCGCCAUAAAAAAGCCAGACUACGGUUUGCAACUGCACAUGGGGACAAAGAUCGUACUUUUUGGAGAAAUGUGCUCUGGUCUGAUGAAACAAAAAUAGAACUGUUUGACCAUAAUGACCAUCGUUAUGUUUGGAGGAAAAAGGGGGAUGCUUGCAAGCCGAAGAACACCAUCCCAACGUGAAGCACGGGGGUGGCAGUAUCAUGCUGUGGGGGUGCUUUGCUGCAGGAGGGACUGGUGCACUUCACAAAAUAGAUGGCAUCAUGAGGAAGGAAAAUUAUGUGGAUAUAUUGAAGCAACAUCUCAAGACAUCAGUCAGGAUGUUAAAGCUUGGUCGCAAAUGGGUCUUCCAAAUGGACAAUGACCCCAAGCAUACUUCCAAAGUUGUGGCAAAAUGACUUAAGGACAACAAAGUCAAGGUAUUUGAGUGGCCAUCACAAAGCCCUGACCUCAUUCCUAUAGAAAAUGUGUGGGCAGAACUGAAAAAGCGUGUGCGAGCAAGGAACCUGACUCAGUUACACCAGCUCUGUCAGGACGAAUGGGCCAAAAUUCACCCAACUUAUUGUGGGAAGCUUGUGGAAGGCUACCUGAAACGUUUGACCCAAGUUAAACAAUUUAAAGGCAAUACUACCAAAUGCUAAUUGAGUAUAUGUAAACUUCUGACCCACUGGGAAUGUGAUGAAAGAAAUAAAAACUGAAAUAAAUCAUCCUCUCUACUAUUAUUCUGACAUUUCACAUUCUUAAAAUAAAGUGGUGAUCCUAACUGACCUAAGACAGGGAAUGUUUACUAGGAUUAAAUGUCAGGAAUUGUGAAAAACUGAGUUUAAAUGUAUUUGGCUAAGGUGUAUGUAAACUUCUGACUUCAACUGUAUAUAUAUAUAUUGUAGUCUGGAUCCGCGGCCCGUAUCGACCCCGUUCUGGGUCGGAUCCGGACCGCAGUCUGCCAGUUGAGUAUGUGGGCGUUAUACCCUCUCUUUCUCUACACCAGGGAUGGGCAACUGGAGGUGGCCCCCCUUUUGCAGGCCCACGGAUCAAUAUUAUUAUAUUAUUUUUGUGGGAACUCAGUCGGGGUCUCGACUUACUGUUGAGAGUUAGAAUAGUAGAAUACUCAAGGUGCAAUUUCGAAAUUUGGUUGUGCAGUUUUUCUCUUGUCAGUCACUGACAGUCACUCAAUUAGCCCAUUUCAGCUAUCUAAACUUGUAGUUUUCAUGGUCGAAUUACUGACUGGGGGCCCCAGAUAUCAAUCAGAGAUCUGAUUAAAAGCUGCAAACAUUGCUCUCCACACUAUGGAAAUUUGUUGUAAAUUUGCAAAAUCUUCUCUCCGCCCCAUGACAAAAUGUGUAGAAUUGCAGGAAAUUAACUCUUAACUUAUUAUGAGUUUAGAUUUUUUUGUGAUCCCCAUCAAAAUAGCCCAUCUCUGCUCUACACUACAGUUUUUGACCACUGUCCCUCCCUCUUUCUACCUCCCUGCUUUUUAUUCUCUGAUAUCUAACAUCCCCCGAUAUCUCUCUCGCCCUCUCUCUCCCCCUCCCUCCCACUCUCUCCCCAGCCCAGAUGACGUGUGGCGUGGAUGAGUUCCGCUGUAAGGACUCUGGUCGCUGCAUCCCGGCCCGAUGGAAGUGUGACGGAGAGGACGACUGUGGAGACGCAUCAGACGAACCCAAGGAGGAGUGUGGUGAGUGAUGGAGAGAGGGAUGGGGGGAGAACGAAAGGAAUGGAGAGAUUCCCAAGCAUCGUUUGUGUUGUGUGUUUUACAUAAUUGUAGAAUAUUACAAUAUCUGUUAUAAUUCCUUCCUACUCUGACUGUAUAUGUUGUGUCCUCAGAUGAGAGGACGUGUGAGCCGUACCAGUUCCGCUGUAAGAACAACCGUUGUGUCCCUGGUCGCUGGCAGUGUGACUAUGAUAACGACUGUGGAGACAACUCUGAUGAGGACAAGUGUGGUAGGUCCCCUCUGUCCUGCCUUUAGGCUCCCCUUGAUGUCUUUGAGGCCAGGGCUAUCGCUAACGAUCCUGUCUCAUGUCCCUUAUCAUUAUGGGUAGAAUAGAGCUACAUAAUAUAUGUGUAUUGUACAUCUGCCUUCAUCUGGACAGACCUUCUUUCACUGUAUGGUUUCAGCCACAUAGGUUCCCCUAAACAGAUUAUUGAAUAGUUUUUAAAGGUACAUUGUUGAUUGUGUAUGUGUGUUCGCGCAACUGCACUGCACGAUCAAGAUUUGCUUUGUGACAAUUUGCACACCUCAUCUCAUGUUUAUUCUGCAUUUCACACUGGCCUGUUGGCGUGGGUUAGAGGUAGGUCUCUUCACUAUCAGCACGAACACCCCAACACCCCCAACCUACCUCUGACCUUCCCCCAAUCUACCCAAGCCCCAAGUAUCUUCCUACAAUAAAUAUCCCUCCUAUUCCCAUUAGGAAAGAAAGAGAUACAAAACAUUUAAAAAGGAACUAUCCUCCCUGACUCGUAUCUUAAAAAGUGUAGCUACUCUAUCCAGAUUCCAACAUCCUUCCCAAUCCCACCAGCCCUUCUAGACCCCUCCUGUACCAUGUGACCCAGUGUACUCCCAUUCCCAUUCCCCAAUCCUUUGAUAUGUCCCUUUCUGUCUUUUCCCCCAUCGUUACAGCCAUUUACCCUCAUGACUUUCUGUGACAUAUGUCUGUGUCCGGAAGUUCUUAUUCUUUCCCACAACCCUUCCUCUGCCCUCCUCCCUCUCUCCUCACCUCUCCUCCCUCUCUCCUCACCUCUCCUCUCCUCACCUCACCUCUCCUCCCUCUCUCCUCACCUCUCCUCCCUCUCUCCUCUCCUCACCUCUCUCUCUCCCCGCCUCUCCUCUCUCCCGCCAGUGCCGAGGCAGUGUUCAGAGAGUGAGUUUUCCUGUACCAACGGUCGCUGCAUCGCCGGCAGGUGGAAGUGUGAUGGAGACCAUGACUGUGCUGAUGGAUCAGACGAGGUACAGGGACACACACCAUUAUUGAAAAUAGUGGAAAAUUACACACAUCAAAUGAAUGGAAAGGGAAAGCUCCCUCACUGUUCCAUGCCCCCAAACAUGAUCUCUUGUUAAAGCUUAGUGAUAUUAAUAAUCACCGCCAUCCCCCAUCUCCAAUCCUACAUUAUAUGUCCUAGCUCAUUGUCACAAUGAAUACAUUGUUAAUGGACCAUAGAGAAUUGUUAAUUUACACAUGAAUGGCAUUGUCAUUAGAGUAACAUGCUAAGGGAAAGGGGGAUACCUAGUCAGUUGCACAACUGAAUGCAUUCAACCGAAAUGAGUCUUUCUCAUUUAACCUAAACCCUCUGAAUCAGUGAUAUUAUAAUAAUAAUAAUAAUAGUAGUAAAUUAUGUCCCUGUGUGUCCUCUUGCAGAAUGGUUGUGAUGUGAAGUGUGACAGUGAUCAGUUCCAGUGUAAGAACGGCCACUGUAUCCCCAUCCGCUGGCGCUGUGAUGCAGACCCUGACUGUAUGGACGGCAGUGAUGAGGAGAAGUGUGACAGCGGAGGUGAGUUUUACACACAAACACUUACACUGAAGAAUUAUCACUGAAUUAGCACAGUGAAUUAUUGUAGUGUUUGUUUAUGUGUUAAUUAAUUCCAUAAGGGAUGGGUUGCCAACUGGCGAUUUGACACGAAAAAAUAAAUAAACGUUAUACACACACAUUAUUGUACUGUACGCAUACUGUUCAUUAAGUACAAGUUGUGGGUAUGUAUUUCAUAGAGAAAAGUAACUAUUUCUCCUCUCUUGCUCCCUUUCACGCUUUCUGUCUCAGUGGGUAGACACUGCCCCCUGGAUGAGUUCCAGUGUAACAACACUCUGUGUAAGCCCCUGGCCUGGAAGUGUGACGGAGAAGAUGACUGUGGAGACAACUCUGAUGAGAACCCAGAGGAUUGCAGUGAGCCCCCCCCCCAUUACCCCUGACAUCAAUAAUAGAUCACUGUCACUGAGGAUCUUUCAACUCCUACCUCACACCUGUCAUCUAUGCUCUCCUCCUCUAUCUCUUUCCAUCCCUCAGCGAAAUUCCAGUGCCCACCCACAAGGCAGUUCCGCUGCCACAACGACCGUGUCUGCCUGCCAUUAGCCAGGCGCUGUGACGGUGUUGACAACUGCGGGGACAACAGUGAUGAGCUCAACUGCCGUGAGUUUGUUUCUAGUGGUAGAGAGUUAUGGAGUGGACUUUUACAAUAGAGAGUUACGGAGUUGACUGGAUGGUUAUAGACUUGACAUAAUGACCCCUGUCCCUCCAGAGACUCCUCCUACCACGCCAGUCUGUCAGAAAGAUGAGUUCCAGUGCUCCAACGGCCGCUGCAUCAGCUCCAACCUGCGCUGUGACUACUUCAACAACUGUGAGGACUACGGCUCUGAUGAGAUCGGCUGCAACAAGAAAGGUGUGCGUCACAUCAUCGACACAUCUGUCUCUGUGUGUGUUUAUGUGAUUGUCUCUCAGUUUUACUCUUUAUCCUGUCUCGUCCUAUUCAGACUCUGCCCUGAACGACUGCCGCAGUAACAGGACAGUGUGUGGCGAUGGUGAUGAGGCCCAUUGUGUGGUGAACGGCACUGAGGCCUUCUGCUCCUGCAAACUUGGCUUCCAGACCACAGGCAACAACAGAUGUGAAGGUACAUUAUAGCACCACACACUGGUUCAAAUAAACUCUGUUACUGUUAUGACUAAAUGUCUGGUGUAGUCUAGUGAUCUGUAACCUGAAUUAUUUUGCUUUGGGGGUUUGUUCUCAGAUAAGAAUGAGUGUAAGCAGUUUGGAGUGUGUUCCCACAUCUGCAACAACACCAAGGGCUCCCACAAGUGCAGCUGCCACAAGUACUUCACCAGGAUCAACGACACCUGCAAGGUUGACAGUGAGUACUGCUCGGCUCAGUAAUACCAGUGAAUCAGUUAGUUACUGCUUCUCUGUCUUCAGAAACCUGUCUGAAUUUGUCCCUGUUUGAAGCCUGUGUUAGGAUGUGUGUGGUUAAAUAGUCUAAAAUAUAAUUGUGUGUGUGUGUGUGUGUGUGUGUGUGUGUGUGUGUGUGUGUGUGUGUGUGUGUGUGUGUUAAAUAGCUUUUAGCUACGCAAGAAAAUUGCAUUGUAUUGUUGGAUUCUACCUUCAAAUAUACUUAUUCAUGUUACCAUACUAGAACUUAUUGAUUACUUUACAUGUAUAUGUUGGGGUCAAUGAAGGGUGGAUAGGAAAUUGGUGUAUGGAAAAGUACUGAGUGAGACAAGGGGAAGUGCAGAAAGUUCAUAUUCUGUUUCUAAGGAGGGAGGCAAAGGGCAACAGUCUAGUUAGUCUCUGAUAAGGCAGGCCAGCUGCGGAACUAGGGAGGAGCGAGGAAUUCGGCUUGAGGUCAAGUCAACAGAUGAAGUGAGAGGAAACCUCUGGGAUUGCGGCCAGAGGGGCCCACUACAACGACCCUCCUACUACAGCCCUAUCUCACACACACACACUUCCACGCCCACGAAGGUUCUAGCAUCAGGCAUGACUACACCACUGAGGGGAACCAAUUAAGUUCCUGCCUAGCAACAGAGAUGUAUUGGCUGUCUAUUAGUCAGAAGUGAGGACCUAGCUCAGGUUGUGACCUCACUUCCUGUGUCCUCCCAGACCUGAGACAGGUGCUCUACAUCGCAGAUGACAAUGAGAUCCGUAGCCUGGACCCUGGCAUGCCCAACUGGCGCUACGAGCAGACCUUCCAGGGCGAUGCCAACGUGCGCAUUGACGCCAUGGACCUGCACAUCAAGACCAACCGCAUCUACUGGACCAACUGGCACACGGGCAGAAUCUCCUCCUACGAGCUGCCAUCCUCAUCCUCCUCACCUAACAACAACCGCAACCGCCGUCAUAGUGACUCCAGAGUCACCAACCUGGAGGUGUGUGUGUGUGCAUCUGUAUCCCUGUGUCUGUCUGACUGCUCUUGUGCCAUGCCCUGUGUCACACAAUGAUUUAACUCUCCAUUCUCCCCCUCUCCUUGUGUUCAGAUCCCCGGUCUGAAGAUGCCCCGUGGCAUCGCUGUGGACUGGGUGGCAGGGAACAUCUACUGGACAGACUCUGGCCGGGACGUGAUCGAGGUGGCCCAGAUAUCAGGCCAACACCGUAAGACCCUCGUAUCCGGCAUGAUCGAUGAGCCCUAUGCCAUCGUAGUGGACCCCCAGAGAGGGUGAGUCUGCCUGGGGAGAGGAAGGGAGGACAGUGGGGGUGGGAGAGCAGUUUGGAGUGUGGAAAUAGAUGGGUCUGGAAGAGAAUUCCUGAGGCCUCAAACACAUCCUUAUUCUGAUACUGUAUUUAAAUAAGAUAGUUUUACAGUGACAUCAAUUGUACAUCAAGUAGAUAUGGUGAAACACACUCAUGUGUUCCCACAUGACUAUUUUCUGCUUUAUGUAACCGUUUGUUGACCCUGUGUACCCAUAAGGACCAUGUACUGGGCUGACUGGGGAAACCACCCCAAGAUUGAGACUGCUGCCAUGGACGGAACCAUGAGAGAAACCCUGGUACAGGAGAACAUCCAUUGGCCCACAGGUAACACACGCACACGUGCGAGCACACACAGACCCACACAGACCAUACACACACUACACACACAUUUUGCAGACUGAUUGACAGCUCCAUCCUUCCACAAAUUAGAGGAUGUGUUGUAUUGAGCUUUGUUUCACUCAAUAGGCUUAGGCUUCAACUCAACUGACAUGGCUCAAUGACUGCUCUCUCUCUAUCCUCUCUCGCUCUCUCGCUCUCUCUCUCUCGCUCUCUCCCCCCCCUCUCUCGCUCUCUCUCUCUCCCCCCUCUCUCUCCCCCCCUCUCUCGCUCUCUCUCUCUCUCCCCCUCUCCCCCAGGCCUGGCGGUGGACUACUUCAAUGAGCGUCUGUACUGGGCCGAUGCUAAGAUGUCAGUGAUUGGCAGUGUGAGGCUGAAUGGUAGCGACCCGGUGGUGGCUGUGACCAGCAUAAAGAACAGUUGAGUGACCUGCUCUGGUCUGGGUCUUAAGACCUGGCCUGACAUGGCUAAGCCACAUAAUCAUGUUCUGGUUUUAGAUAAGUGGGCCUGUUUUUGGAUGUGAAGUCUUCUCCUGACAUUAGAACUAUAAAAAAUGCAGAUAUCCUCAGCAAGUGAAAAAUUAUGUAUUUUAGCAUAGCCUAUAGUAUAUCUAAGUGGUAAAGAGUUGGUCUGAGCUGUGGUGUGUUCUGUCUUGUUUGUUACAGAGCUCCACCACCCAUUCAGUAUUGACGUGUUUGAGGACUACAUCUAUGGCGUCACCUACAUCAACAACUUUGUGUUCCGGGUCAAUAAGUAUGGAAAAGGCCCCAUGGAGAACCUGACCACAGGAAUGAACCACGCCACAGACAUUGUGCUCUACCACCGCAACAAACAGCCAGAGAGUGAGUGGACAUCGCCGGCCAAACUGGACAUGAUGCAUGCAGAUUCUUCACUAACAAAUACAUAUACUUUAGAUGCAUACUGGUGCAUUGACUUUCACAGUCCCUUUAAACUGCUAGUAGACUUUAAUAUCAAUUUUACUGCUAGUAGACUUUAAUAUCCAACUGCUCUCUCAAUGUAACUGACUGGCUUGCAAGGAUCUCAAGUUAGACUUAGGUCUUUGGUGAACGGUCUCAGAUAUAGAACUGUAGAGAUGGAUAGUCUUACAAACUAGUAUCACUGGGUUAAUGUGUGUUGUCUCUGUCUGUCUGUCUGUCAGUGACCAACCCAUGUGACAGGAAGAAGUGUGAGUGGUUGUGUCUGCUGAGCCCCAGUGGUCCAGUCUGUACCUGUCCCAAUGGACGCACUCUGGACAACGGCACCUGUGUGGAGCUCCCUACUCCCACACUCUCCCCUCUCUGUGAGUAUACACUCCUACACACUCCCCUAUCUGUGAGUAUACACUAACACCCUUAUAAUUAUACACACUCACCCUGUCUCUCCUCUCUUCCCCCAGCUCCUCCCAGUGGUACGUGUAACGUCCAGUGUCUGAACGGAGGCAGUUGUUUCCUCAACGCCAGGAAGCAGCCCAAGUGUCGCUGCCAGCCCAACUUCAGAGGAGACAAGUGUGAG